AGCUGUUGUUCAAGGCUCGGACACACUCAACUUGAACAUGGAAAGCUGGGGACAGAACCUCGUCUGGCUACAGAUUCUGGUAAGAGGAUACGAUGAUUUUUUUUUUUUACUGUUCUCAAACCCAAAAACUGUCCAUCUCUCCUUAUCUAAGGAGUAGUCAUUACAUGGACUUGUGUUUAGACUUCCAAGUUCAAAAGUAAACUGCACUUUGUGGGAAAUCUGUUAGUUUUCCUCCACUGAAGCAUGAAGACUGUCAGUGAUGUUUCACUAAAGGGUGAAGUUCACAUUAUUAGAAGGGGGCAUCCAUCUGUAAUUGGGGGUUGCACCUCAGUACAGUUGGUUGGUGCCAUACAGAGGACUUGCGUCCAUUGCAGGUGAUUCGUUUAUUGUGAUGGGAUCAUUUGAAGCGAGGGAGAGUGUGGGGUAGUUUGUAUUUAUGAGAUACAGAAUGAAAGAAGGUUAUAAAUUAACCCAUUAUAAACAAAGAGUUUGUUUACCCUGAAGUUUAUGCAGGAGAAGAAUAAAUAUAUUCCUCAGCAGGACAGUGAAUUGCAGACAGUUAAUAAAAGAAUUCCACAUUUUAGGAGGGUUUUCUAAACUGGUUAUUUGGAACCAAAUAUUUGCAAUUUAGUUACCUGUUCAACAAAUAAACCCAGUGUUCACAUUGAGAGUGUGCAGCUUAAAUGACAUAACUGUGUGCUAUACUAAAAUUGGUAUCAUACGAGCAGCACAUUUUAAGAAUUUGUUUCUAACCCAGAAUCCUCCUAAAUGACAACUUGUAAUAUUAAACCAAUGCUCUAAAACCACAAAGAAUGUAAAAGGUGGAAUCUGUUUAGCGGGCAUUAUACUAGUAUGUAAAGAAUCUCAGAUUGUUCCAUAAUUGCUUGAGUAGAAUACAAAUUAGUCAUCAAUCAAAUGAGGCUCUUACUAUAAACACAGUAAAGUGGACAAUCUCAGAGCAGAAAUGUAGGUCCCAUUAGGAGUGUGUACAGGGGGUACAGUGUCAGGACUUGGUAAUUCAGGACUUGGUAAUGGGCCGGAGUGGGCAGAGACAGGGGCUGGAUCGGGGGGGGGGGAGAAGGGGGGGCAGCGCUUCCAUGAGGUGGUACAGGGCACACCGAUCCCGGGGGCGGAAAGGCUGGAGGAAAGCGCAUAGCGCCGAUCACUAUGUACCAUGGCAGAUCGGUCACAUCUGUUCGGCACCGUGUCUGGCUCUUGGCAGAGGCUGUCUGGAGGGGGCGAAGAUAUGAACACGUCGUAUUCCCGCUCCAUGUGUACCACACAGCACGGCUGGCGGGACAGUGCAUUAGUGGUGGGGCUGGGCAAUUGGGACACCAGAGCCAGGCAGCAUGCUCAGGACUGAGUAUGUAUAUAGUGGUCACUGUAUGACAGUUUACCUGUAUGUUUAGAUCGAGUGUGCGCCUGUAUCAGUGCCUGUCUGAGAGUGAAAGACAUACAAAGUGGUUGGGGAGAUAGCACCGUACGGAAGGUGCUAAGACACUGAAGGGGGUCAGACAUUCAAAAGAGGGGAUAAGCAGAAGAUAAAGGGGGUUACAGGACAUGCAGGAACAAACUUUUUUAUGCGGCAGGAAAACGCGUCACCAGUGUAGCAGGGCCGGAUUAACAUAGGGGCUGAUAGAGAUGCAGCUCCAGGCCCAUGAAUAGUUUUUUGUUUUUUUUAAACCACUACUCUUAGCGUUUCCACCUGGCUGGUAUUUUACUGUCACAACCAGUAUUUGAGGCUGACUGGUCGGUGACAAUAUUGCAGUAAUAACGGGAAUACAAAUGCUGGUAUUUUUCUCAGUAUAAAUAGAGAUUACGAUGCAAUGGCCAGUAGGGGUCGCUGUGAGUCGAGAGAGGCAGGGAUUGGAAGUUCCAGCGUAUCCCUCCAUGCCUAUCUCUACUCACUGAUCCGCGGGGGAGGAGCUACAGAGAGUCCAGACAGCAACUCCCAGCCUGCAGAGACAGCCUUCAGCUCAGAGAAGUAAGGGAUGGGGGAAAGGCUGCAAGGAGACAUGGGGGCACUGAUUCGUGCCAGUGGCCCACCCUUUUACUGCGCCCAUUGACUUCCUGCUUCUUUGGACACUGCUGUUAGGGGGUAUGGAUUUACUUGAAAGAUGAAAACAUAAAUUAGAGAGAUAUUAGCAUAGGGUAUGUGUUUUCUCAUAGCUGCUGUUUUCUUUCCCUCCAGCACCAUCUCCAUCAAAUACAUGACGCUUGGGAGUGUUUGAGUUUUUGGUCGAUAAUUACUUUGUAAUUAGGCCCAUCAUAAUUGUCAGCACCAGGCCCACUGGGCCCUUAUCUGGCCCUGCAGUGUAGUCAGAAAAUCCUUGCUUUGGCCCUGAAUUUGGGACAGGUAGUGUAUGCAGACUGGCCCCAGUUUGGUACAAAUCUUUACCAAGUUUACGGCCAUAAAUGUUAGAAUGUCUGGCAGGACAGUAACAACUGGGGGUUUAGUCAAUUGGCCCUAAAUAUAUUCAGAUAAUACUGACACAGGGUCAGGAUAUGGUUUGUCUUAGAGAUAUUCCUCCAUUUACAACCAUGAAAGAAAAAGUCAAUUGGGUGAAAUCGACAAAUAGUGGGAGGAAGGAAAAAAUACAAAUAGUACUUCUUGCAGCUUUGAAAUGGGGAUGGGACGAAGGGAAGAAAAUCUGAAUUCUUCAGAAUUAUGACAUUUAAAGUUAUAAGAAUGCUAAACAAGUGGCCACUGUUCACGUUGUCAGCCCCUCUGGAAAUCUAUAGUGAUUCUGUUAUUUUACAUCCCCAGGUUGUUCGAUAGAUAGAUCGAUGUCAGGAAACUAUAAGGCUGUUCAGCAAGAGAUGGGCCAGCACAUACCAAAGGCACAGGGACGGAUAGACUGGUGUAUUAACAGACCUCUGAUUGGCCGGGUUUAUAUGAUAUAAUAAGAGUAUAACGCAAAACACAAGGCGGGUCAUGGAUACCAAAAUACGGGCGGGGGAGGAUUAAUUGCAUUUUACUACUUAAAAGCCUUGUAAAGUAGGUAGCUUUGUGUGUGUGUGUGUGUGUGUGUGUGUGUGCGCGCGCGCGCACGUGCGCUUUUAAUUAAACUGCAUUUAGGAACCAGAGUACUAGAAUCAGAACCAAAGAAAACCCAACAGAAACAAUACACUUAAAAAUGGACACUAUAGUCACCAGAACAACUACAGCUUAUUGAAUUUGUUCUGGUCAGUAGAAUCACUACCUUCAGGCAUUUUCAGAGAAAAUGCAGUGUUUACAAUACAGCCUAGUGAUAACUUCACUGGCCACUCCUCAGAUAGCUGCUAGAGGUGCUUCCUGGGGCAGUGCUGCACAGUGUGACUGACAUUCAGUGUCUCCACCCUAUGCAUGCAGGCACUGAACUUUCCUCAUAGAGAUACAUAGAAUCAAUGCAUCUCUAUGAGGAGCUGCUGAUUGGCCAGGGCUGUGUUUGGCUUGUGCUAGCUCUGCCUCCUUGACAUGUUCAGACAAUCCCAUGGUUUCCUAUGUGAAUGCAUCAUGAUUGGCUCAUAUAAUCCUUUCUGAUGAUGUCAGCCAAGCAGGCAAAUCAGGGGCAGAGCUAGCAGCUGCAGACUUGAACAGAAGUAAGAUUUUACUAUAUUUAACCCCUUGAGGACCAAACUUCUGGAAUAAAAGGCAAUCAUGACAGGUCACAUGUUAUGUGUCCUUAAGGGGUUAUAGGGGGGCCCUAAGGUGGGGCCAGAUGGUGGUUUUAACACUAUAAGGUCAGGAAUAUAGGUUUGUGUUCCUGACCAUAUAAUGUUCCUUUACGGGUUUGCAAAUGAGAAGAGGUCACUGGCACAAAAGCUAGAGGGGUUUAAAAAAAUGACCAGGCCUCUGACGUAUUGCCACUGCACAAACAGUGGCAUAGACUAAUAAGCACAAAAGUUCACGUAAUUUUAGGAUUGAUAGAGACCAAAAUAUUGUCAGUGAGAACUAGUGAAAAUGAUGCUGCACCUGGAUGGAAUCGCUUUAGGAGUCAUUGACUCCGGUGCUUGGUUGCCUUAAAUUGGAGAGUGGUCUCUAAAGGAUGAGAGCACCUGGAGGGCGGAGGAUGGGGUAAAUUGACAUAGAACAGUCAGAAUUAUUAAGAGCUUGACUUUUUCAGUUUGACUUAGUCUGUGUGAGGGGACUAUGGCAGAAAAUGUGCAGCUCUCGUUUUACUGAACAUUGGGAUUUAUUUGCUAAACACAAAUUGUAUUGCUGAAUUGAAAACCAAAAUGCUCAAUGCACAACUUCUCCCGUUCAACUUUCAUGGCCUAAAUUUGGUAAAAUUGAAUUUUUAGCAAGUAAUCCUAGAUUUGUAAACAUGGAUCAUGGAGGCUUUAGGAGAAUUAAAACCACUCCCCCCAAACCACAAAUUUGAGUGAAUUACUGCAAUUUCACUCAACAUUCUUCCGGGUAAACUGAAACACAGAAGAGCAUUAAUAUCACGGAGGGGCAUGCAUUUAGUUAUUUUAUCCCAGGGGAGGGCUAACUACAUUUGGCCUUGUGGAAAAAGCAUAGUUGCCAACUGUCCUGUUUUUGCUGGGACAGUACCGGCAAGCUGGAGUCUGUCCUAGGCAAUUCACUCUCCCGAGACAGUCCCGGCAACUUGCAGGACCAUGUGCUUUUACUAUUUUCCAUGGGACUGUAACUGCCCGUUACAGUCCAAGGGAAUGCAGGACAGAGGUACUCACUGUUGGGAGAUGUUGGGGGCUGUGGAGAGGUGCUGGAGUGGCUGCAUUGGGGCUGCUGGGGAGCCGGAGGGAGCACUGACAGUCCUUUCCUGAAUUCCCAGCAGCUUCCCCGGUGCUCCUGCUCCGCUUCACGCCAACAAGCUCUGCCUCCACCGUUAAGCAGCAGACCUUGCUGCAGUUGGAAGAGGCCAGAAAUGUCUCUGACCUCCCAGCAACAGCCUCCAGUUAGUCCAAGGUAAGCUUCAUAUACUCAGGAGUGUGUGUGUGUCAGUGCCCAGGCCGACAGCUUUCUUGCUGUGGGCCCUCUUGGGCCGGUGAGGAGAUCAAAGAUCUCCUCAUUGGCUCAAAGGCCCUUCAUUAGUGCCAGGGAGGGCUGGAGGACCUGGGAGGCAGAGCACUCCUCCCGCAAGCGUGCUGUGCGGAGCGUUGCCGCAUGUUACCAUGACAAUGCUCCGACACUGCAUUCUGCACGUGGGAGGAGUGAAGAAAGCCUGCAGCCAGAGGAGUUGCAGGCUAUAGACAACUCACCACCACGGUACAGCACCCUACCCACACACUGCACCCCUCACUGCAGUCUGUGUGUGUGCACUCAGAAUGUAUUCAGCAGUCUGUGUGCAUUCAGCAGUAGGUGUAUGUAUUCAGUGUACGGUGUGUAUGUUUGUGCUGUGUACUCUGCAGUCUUGUGCGUGUGUUCAGCAGUCAGUGUAAUGUAUUGCAUUUGUUGGAAGUACCAAUAUAUAUAAGUUUGGGGUUGUUUUUUUUUUUUUAAUCAAUCAUUUUUAUUCCUAUGAGUUGUUGUGUAGGUAGGGCCACUUGCACGGCUUUGCCAGGGGACCCAUAACGCUAUUAAGAUGGCACUGCUUGUGUGUGUCAAUGAGCUUGUCUGUAGUGAGCUUCUGUGUCAGUAAGUUUGUCUGUGAGCCUUGUGUAUCUAUAAAAAUUAGUUUGUCAGUAGUAAGCUUGUGUGUGAGUCAGUUUUGUCUGUCAGUGAGCCUAUUUAUUUGUAUCUGAGUUUGUGUUUUGUGUCAGUGAACUUGUCGGUCUUUGAGCCUGUGUACUUACUGUAUCAGUAAAGAGAACUGAGAUGGCAAUUUUAAACUUAAUGCUGAAAUAGUGCAGCUGAAUUUGUCCAACUCCGCUACUUUGGCCUUAAGUUUAAAAUUACCAUCUCAAUUCCCUGUAAUUCUGUGGGUUGGACAUCGUGGGCAGAGCUUUGGGUGUUAGUACGUUAGUAAUUGAUAGCUGUGCUGCAAAGUGUCCCUGGAAUUUAAAAAAUGUUGGCAACUAUGCUUCAGAAAAGCAGAAAGUAGUCCCUUUGUUAACGUUACAUUUGAUGACUUAUGCCAAUAUUACAGUAUUUUAUUCUGCUGUAGGCUUUGGGCCUCAAUCCUCUGUAUUAGUGCCCUAAGCAGGCCAAAUGCCAACCCUCCCUUGUUUGCCCCGGUCAGUACAGGACCGCUCAAACUUGCUCUGGGAGCCUGGAAGGUAUGUGGCAUUCACUGGGGGUCAGUCAACCUCGUAUUGUUGGUUCUUGUUAGAGUCUGAUGGAAUAAACCCUCGAGAGCAAUUCAGAGGAACUCUGCAAUGUCAGAAAUAUAGUCUGUGCACUCUGCCUCGGGAACCCAGGGUGAGACUGUUAAAGUUGAAAACUACACACCUAAAUUAAACAUAGUUAUGUCCUGACAGGUUAGAAUUUCCAAAAUGACAGGCUUCUACAAAGAAUACUUUUUUUUUCCCUCCUAUAAAAAAAUAAAUAAAUAAAUAAAUAAAUAAAAAAACCACACCACACACAGAAAAAAACACUACUUUAAAUCAUUUAUAUUAUACAAAUACAAUUAGCCCCUUUUAAGGCAUCUAAGGAAUUUUGUAGUACAACCUCUGUAGGAGGUUAGGGUUUUCUGCUGUAGGUGAAAUCUCCUUUCUACAAGUCUCAGUGAGGCUGAAGAUGUGGCUGGGAAGGUUUACUAGCAGUGUGGAAUAUAACACAUUCAGAUGGGUGGAAAUAAAAAAUAAAAAUGAAUCGGGGUGAGGGAGGGGGGCUUUACAGAUCAGAUGAAACAAAAGAAGAAACUAGUUUUCCUUGCACUAUAAGGUCAUUAGGUCCCCCCCUCCCCGCCCUCAGGGCCUCCCUCCUGCUGGGCUAAAGGGGUUAAAACCCCUUCAGCCACUUACCUUUCUCCAGUGCUGGGCUCCCUCAGCGCUGGGGAACUCUCCUCCUCCUGCCGAUGUCAGCACCGAAUGUGCAUGUGCGGCAAGAGCUACGUGCAUUCAAACCGCCCAUAGGAAAGCAUUACGCAAUGCUUUCCUAUGGACGUCAGCGUCUUCUCACAGUAAGAAGCGCCUCUAGCGGCUGUCAGUGAGACAGCUACUAGAGGCUGGAUUAACCCUCAGUGUAAACAUAGCAGUUGAUCUGAAAUGGCUAUGUUUUCAGCUGCAGGGUUAAAACUAGAGGGACUUGGCACCCAGACCACUUCAUUGAGCUGAAGAGGUCUGAGUGCCUAUAGUGGUCUAAUUAAUUUGCAAUAUCAAAACUAUCUGUAAAGAAUAUUGAACAGCCAAUAUUUUAGUUAGAAAACACGUGAAUCAAACAGUAAAGACGAUUUUGAUUUAACCCAGUUUGGGUUUGAAAAAUCCAAUAGAAUCUGCUUUGCUGGUUUCUGGGGUUAGCACACCACAGUCGGAUAGGUCUUGUGUGAUAAUCAAGUGGGGCUUACUCUCCACAUUUAAACGGAUAGAUUUACCACAACAAAGACCAGAUUCGCCAGGAGAAGACUCCGAUAAAAGCAUUCCCAUAUUAUUCAGAUUACACGCGGUAAACUCAGUGGAUCAGAAUGUAAGCUCCUGUAAUACUUCACAGGGAGACAUCAUGUAAAAUGUAUAAAGUCUGCGUUUUAUUGAGCAAAUCCCAAUUCACACACUUCACCCAGCAGCUGAAACGAUUUACAAUGGAAAGACUACAGGCAUUUCAACACCAGGUUAUUUACUAAACUGCACAUUGUAAUCAAUUCAAAAAGGAAUGUCAACAUUUAAGUCAAAGAGGACUUCUUGGCGGGUGGGGAAGGGAAGGGGGUCUUUGUGAUUUAUUUCUCAAGACAGUUACAUACAUGUAAUACAGAAAGGUACACACAGCAUAGAGCCUGCGUAAAAAUAUAUACACACACACGAUAGAGAAUGUAUGCUAUAUACACGAUCGUGUGUUACUGUAUAUAGCAUACAUGCCCUAUCCUGUAUCUUACUGUAUAUAGCAUACACACUCUCCUGUUUGUUACAUGCAUGCUAUAUACAGUAACACAGAGGAUAGAGCAAGUAUGCUAUAUACAGUGUAACACAUUGUUUAUACACUGUAGGGUACAUGAUGCAGUCUGUACGUGAGAGUUCAGCUAAGUAGUACACAUCAUUACGCAUGCAGUGGCGUACAUACCAGGGGGCCCGGCCACCCCUGCGACCCGGUAUGUACCCACAGGGCCAGCCUCUUCUCCUGGGGGGCCCAGGAGCCGACCACCCCAGGGCCCCCCUGAGGCUGGCCCUGCUGACCCCAGCUGGCGGGUGGCCGGUCGGGCAGGAAGGCGGGCGCGUGAAGGAGCACUCAGUGCUUCCUCUUAAGCUCCCUCGCGCACCUCACUGAUACCGGAGCCGGAAGAUGACGUCAUCUUCCGGCUCCGGCAUCCCUACGCGGCGCGCGAGGGAGCUGAAGAGGAAGCACUGAGUGCUCCUUCACGCGCCCGCCUUCCUGCCCGACCGGCCACCCGCCAGCUGGGGUCAGCAGCACCACUGGACCCCAGGGAAUCCCCCCCAGCACUCCAAAAGGUAAGGAGGCUGGGGGGAUUACAUUUUUUUUUUUUUAAAAACAAACAUGUGAGAGUGAGUGUUAGAGUGUGUGUGUCUGCUAGUGAGUGUUAGAGUGUGUGUGUCUGCUAGUGAGUGUUAGAGUGAGUGUUAGAGUGAGUGUUAGAGUGAGUGUGUUAGAGUGAGUGAGUGUGUGUUUAGAGUGAGUGUGUUAGAGUGAGUGUUAGAGUGAGUGUUAGAGUGAGUGUUAGAGUGAGUGUUAGAGUGAGUGUUAGAGUGAGUGUUAGAGUGAGUGUUAGAGUGAGUGUUAGAGUGAGUGUGUUAGAGUGUGAGUGUUAGAGUGAGUGUGUUAGAGAGUGAGUGUUAGAGUGAGUGUGUUAGAGAGUGAGUGUUAGAGUGAGUGUUAGAGUGAGUGUGUUAGAGUGUGUGUCUGCUAGUGAGUGUUAGAGUGAGUGUUAGAGUGAGUGUGAGUGUUAGAGUGAGUGUGAGAGUGAGUGUUAGUGUGUGUGUCUGUUAGUGAGUGUUAGUGUGAGUGUUAUUGUGUUAGAGUGAGUGUGAGUGUGUGUGUCUGUUAGUGAGUGUCAGUGAGUGUGUUACUGUGUGUGUCUUACUGAGUGUGUGUGUGUUAGUGAGUAUGUUUGAUGUCUGUUAGUGAGUUUGUGUUUGUCAAUGAGAGUGUAUGUUUUGUAAGUGAGUGUGUAUGUAUGUCUGUCGCUGAGUGUGUCUCUGUCAGUAAAUGUGUGUGUCUGUUAGCUAGUGUGUAUGCGUCUGUAAGUGAGAGUGUGUGUCUUCAACACUUACCUUUCUUCAGCGCCGGACUCCCUUUGCGCUGGGGAUCCCUCAGCCUCUCAGCUCCGAAUGAGACCGCGCACGCAUUCAAACCGCCCAUAGGAAAGCAUUACUCAAUGCUUUCCUAUGGACGUUCAGUGUGCUACUCUAGCGGCUGUCAGUGAAACAGCCACUAGAGGCUGGAUUAACCCUCAGUGAAACAUAGCAGUUUCUCUGAAACUGCUGUGUUUUCAGCUGCAGGGUUAAAACUAGAGGGACCUGACACCCAGACAACUUCAUUGAGCUGAUGUGAUCUGGGUGUCUGUAGUGGUCCUUUAAGUGUGUGUGCAUCUGCAUGCACUGGCGUACAUACCGCAGUCGCAGGGGUCGCAACCCUGCGACCAGGUGCCCACCACCAUGUGUUCAAUUUUUGCACCGGGGCCCCAUGGGUCAUGUGUACGCCACUGUACGCAUGUCUAGGUGUGCCGGUCGCUCUGUUAUUCUGUGCACAGUUCAGUAGCUGAAUAUUGAGAUUUUGUCCCAUCCUGCACUGACCUUGGCCUGUAACCUUGACAGAGAGUGACAGGACCGAUAUCAGACCAGUAACCUCACACCUGCUGUCUAUCAGCAAUACUUGUCGGACCGGUUGUACUUGUCCUUCAAACUAGCCCCAGGCACAACCUGAAAAAUAUUAAAUUAAGGACAGAGCACACUUCUCUACAAUACAAUAUUCUCAGAGUUUCACUGAGCGGACAGGAUUAAAUAGAAUAACAAACCUCAACACAUGAGUCACAGGGUUUACACGGCACAUACACGGGGCAAAAAAAAACCAAAAAAACUAUUUAAUUAAAAGGGGGAUCACCAAUGUGAGGGGGGCAGCCUUUACAGCCCUCUUAAGUUACCAUUUCUUUUGCAGGUUCUGUGCACGGAUCUAUCCCUGCAGAAUGAGACAGUGGCCAUCGCUCAGACGGAACCCAAACUCAGCGGAAAGGUACAUAGCUAGCUGCGCAAGUCAUAUACAAAAUAAAUUGUUUAAUAAACUAUACCCACAAUCUGUGACUACAUUAAAGAUUUAUUCAGAGGCACCUGUAAGAUAUCCCAACACGCAUUACUUCAGGUGAAGAGAAAGACCGUGUUUAGAAAAGUCGCUGAUAACCAGCAUGAUCAGUUAUACACAAUGUGUGUGCACGCUCACCAAUAAUAAAUGACUCCUCUGACAUUGGUUCUUAGAUUAACAGGAAUCAAAAUGAUAUUCCUUCAUCAGCUCAUUGACCCAUUCCCUUACUGUAAUGUCAGCUCAGCGACCCAUAUACAAUAUUAGAUUCCUAUAGAAUCACUUCAUUAGACUUGUCUGGAUGUCAGUGAUCUCUGAGCUGGGAGAGACUGUACAGUAAAUAGUUCAUGGUGGGCGACAUGAUCAAUACAUUGUAUCUACUCCAGUAAUGAUACAUUACCUUAUGGGAAAGGAAAAAAAAGUGACAAUGUGACAAAGUGGACUGUGAUGGCAUUUAGUAGGUCUGUUUUAUAGGCUAAGGGUAUGUGAAGAAAUGACUCCGUUCAUCAGGAUUUCUACCUUUGUUGCACAAGUUAAUUCACCCAAUUCAGCUGGAAUUCGGCAUAUAGCUAUAAUUUCUACCCUUCGGAUGGAUUCAGGCGAAUUCCCCGUGUAAACUCUAGGUGGCCGCCAUUUCGGCACUUUACACGUGGUCGCGGCCAUUUUACGUGCGAACAGCGGUGUUUGCCCGUCAAACGCGUGGAACUAAAAUCGGAUACGCAAACAGGCGAACACCGCUGAGACCUCCAUACAUCCAGAACUUCGCACGGAAAAAACCGAAUCACCGGCCGUUCGGUAGUUACAUGCAACUUCGUAUGGGGAUUUCAACGACCACGAAGAUGCGAACGGAUGGCAGGACUUUCGUCUUUUUUAUUCGCCUAAACGGAGACCGACCGCAGGGCCAAAACUUAUGGAACUAUUUUCGGCUAGAUGAUCCGUGCGGUCGGUCAAAACUUUAGUGCUCCAUAACUCCCGAACCAUUCAUCCGAAUGGACUGAUUUUUUGACAUAUUGUCCCCACAAGUGAGCACUAUCCAGCGGUGCCCAAUUUAAAGGUGUACCCCCUGUUUUUGGGGUACAUCCAGAACUGGGGUAAAAUAGUGCACGUUUUAAUGAAGUUAACUGUUUAUCAGAGGGGAGGGAGGUAGGGGCUGUAACCUGUACCUGAUUGGUGAUUUAAUGCCUCCCCCUGGGUGUGUAUUUUUUGUCUGUAACCCUAAUAAAAAGCAGGCUGGAGAUUCCAGACCUCAGAUCUACUUGUAUCCUGAUUCUGGACUCUGACUGUUAUUUGGGAAUUUGUAUGCUUUACCAAGGGGAUUAUCUUGGGAAGCUGUUAUAUUUCUUAUGGACUUCAUUGCUUGGAUCUACCCUAGACGCUGGCAUUGCAGGAGGAAUUAUCAAAGCGGUUCAGCUAUACUUGAUUUCCUUACAACUGGUGGCAAGCGGAGGGAUUCGAAUCCCAAAUGGACAUUUCAAAACAAGCAAAGGAAUGAAUGGCUCAGCAGUACCAGCUACUUAAAAGAACCACGCUAAAGGACUUACUGGAAGCUCGAGGCAGAGUGGCAAGUAACAAAACAAAAGCCACGAUAAUUGCGGAGUUAAUGCAGAGCGAUAAUACCAGUAAUAUAGAGAUGGACCAAGAGGAAGAAACCGUGAUGCAAAAGGACAUCCGAUGGACACUCAGUUUAUUGGGACCCAAUCCAUCCUCAGAGGCGAUACUGCAGGUCGUAGCACAAGCCAGACAAGCGCAAAAAGAGCGAGAUGACCGGGACAGAGCGUCACAGGGGGAUUUGCUACACCCCCCGAGAAGUAUUGGGGAAAUACCAAAGAAGGUAAAUUAUGCAGCGUUUAAAUCAUUUGUUGACAAUGAAAUGGAAAUUGACAGUUACUUGCAAGACUUUGAACGUCAGUGUGCACUGGAGGGAUUAGACUCCACCAAAUGGGCUGCAGUCGUCAGCAGUAAAUUGUCAGGUAGAGCAGCCGAGGCGCUGCGAGCAGUACCUGAGGGGGACAUACAUAAUUAUGAGAAAAUAAAAGACAUUUUGUUGGCCAGAUAUGCGGUAACUCCGGAGGCAUACCGGAAAAAGUUUAGAGACCUGAGAAAGACUGGGAGAGAUUCCCAUACGGAAUGGGCUUUUCGCCUGCAGCGGGCAGCCCGCAAUUGGAUGAAGGGCUGCCAGGCAACCACCCUAGAAGAAGCUUUGCAACUAGUGAUACUGGAGCAAUUUUUUAAUCAUACUGCAGAGGACAUAAAAGACUGGGUAAAAGAUAGGAAACCAAAAACCGUGGAGGAGGCCGCUAGGCUAGCGGACGAGUACCAGGAUAACAGGAGGAAGGAGCCAGGGGCGAGCAGACCACCAUUUAAGCCUCAGUACACAGCUCCAACAAACCCGGCUCCACCUAGACCUGCCAUAGGUAACCCCCCACCGAACCCAGCAAACACACCUCGACCUCCUGCAGUGUGUCACUACUGCAAGCAACCAGGACAUUACAAGCAUCAGUGCCCUCGCUUAAACCGGGGAAGCUGGGAACGGCCAGCCCCACAACAACCCAGGGCAGCUGCUCACUGUGUGCAACAGGAACACACAGGCCCUGCCCUUAACCACGAAGAACAGUGGAGUGUAUUACAUGAGGUCAAUCCAGUACAAGCUGGGGGGGACAACCGGGACCACCACCGCCAAUGGAUUACCGUCGAUGGCGUGGGGGCCCGGGCGCUGAGAGACUCUGGGGCUACUUUGACUGUGGUACAGCCCCACACGGUCAGAGCACAAGCUCGCACCGGACGCACAGUCGCUGUAAGGGUGGCUGGGGGCGCUAUUCACAAACUGCCCACCGCUAAUAUGUUUGUUGAUUGGGGUUCCGGGUCUAAACAACUGGAGGUGGGGAUUAUGCAAGAACUGCCCGCCGAGGUUUUGUUGGGAAAUGAUGUGGGAUGCCUAACCUCACAACUAGCCCGAGACCCCCCUGCUGAGGCCUACCCGGUUACCACCCGAGCUCAAGCCAGACUGAAAGCUCUGCUGCACUCUGAGGAGAACCAGGUAAGAGUCGAAAUACCCCCUUUACCCGAUCCCCCCGUACCCUUCUGGGAUACCCCCCAGGGGUUUGAACAGGAACAGCGUACUGACCCCACAUUAGAAGGCUAUAGGAAGGCCGCGGCCGCUACCCCCGAGAACAACCCGCACGAAAAAUUUGAGUGGUAUAAGGGGUUGCUAUAUAGGGUAACCGAGGGGGUGGGACAGGGGGCUACCCAGGUCAUAAAAAGACAGUUAGUUGUGCCCCGUAAAUUUCGGGCUGAGUUGUUAAAACUCAGUCAUGACAUUCCCCUAGCAGGACAUUUAGGGGUCAAAAAGACCAGAGACAGGUUAACUCAAACCUUCUUCUGGCCCAGAGCUACCCAGGACCUAAAGUACUAUUGUAGGACAUGUGAUGUAUGCCAAAGGGUAGGGAAAAGGGGAGACCUUCGGAAGGCUAAGCUUCACCCCCUACCCAUCAUCGAACAGCCCUUCCACCGAGUAGCGGUGGAUUUAAUAGGUCCCCUCAGUCGCCCCAGUCCGUCGGGCAAAAAGUUUAUCCUAACGGUGGUUGACUACGCCACUAGAUACCCGGAGGCAGUCGCCCUCACCAAUAUAGAGGCCGAGACCGUGGCAGAGGCCCUUAUUCAGAUAUUCACCCGAGUAGGUUUCCCGCAGGAGAUACUCUCCGAUCGGGGGACGCAGUUCACAGCUACCCUGACGCAACAACUGUGGCAGAGCUGUGGAGUGCAACCCCUGUUCAGCGCCCCGUAUCAUCCCCAGACUAACGGGCUCUGUGAACGUUUCAAUGGCACUCUAAAACAGAUGCUAAAAACUUUUACAGAGUCCCACAAGAAUUGGGAAAAAUUCCUUCCCCACCUUCUGUUUGCCUACCGUGAGGUGCCCCAGGCCUCCACUGGGUUUUCCCCCUUCGAACUCCUGUACGGGAGAAAAGUUCGGGGCCCACUGGAGCUCGUACGGGAACACUGGGAGGGCAAUACAGAUGAGGGGGGAGUCCCUAUCGUCCAGUAUGUCCUGGAGUUCCGGGACCGUCUGCGGGCCCUCACCGAAUCGGUUCGGGAGAACCUGCAGGCGGCCCAGGAGGACCAGAAAAAGUGGUACGAUAGGAGGGCCCAGGAUAGAGUGCUGGACUUAGGGCAGAAGGUACUGGCUCUGAGGCCCGUUAAAAAGGACAAGCUGCAAGCAGCCUGGCAGGGACCCUUUAAGGUAGUGGAACAGGUUAGCGAGACUACCUACAUCGUGAGCAAAUGCUCAGAUGAAAGGCUGACCAAAGCCUUCCAUGUGAACAUGCUCAAACCAUAUUUUGAAAGGACAGAGGAGGUGGGCGCCGUGUGCGCCCCCGCCACAGAGGAUAGUGAAGGGCUUCCCCUGCCUGACUUACUGGAGACCACCCCCUGUACUAUUGACCAAGUAAGCUUGGGGCAAAAUUUAGACCUCCUGGAGAAAGGUGAGGCUACCCAUCUGCUGCAGGGAUACCGAGAGAUGUUUUCCGCUACCCCCGGCUAUACCUCCGCUGCGGUACACCGUGUGGAAACCCAGGGAGAGACGCCCCUACGGCAACAGCCAUAUCGGAUCCCGGAAGCAGUACGUGAGAGUAUGCUCACCGAGUUAAGGGAUAUGUUACGGCUAGGGGUAAUAGAACCCUCCCAAAGUCCUUGGGCCUCCCCGGUGGUACUAGUACCGAAGCGCGAUGGCACUACGCGCUUCUGUGUAGAUUACCGGAGGCUUAACGACCGUACCAUAACCGAUGCCUACCCCAUGCCUAGAAUAGAUGAGCUCUUAGAUCGAAUGGCGGGGGGGAACUACUUGACUACCCUGGACCUGUGCAAGGGUUAUUGGCAGAUCCCCCUGGAGCCUGCGGCCAUCCCCAAGUCGGCGUUCGUCACCCCGUUUGGGCUAUACCAAUUCAAGGUUAUGCCCUUUGGGAUGAAGAACGCCCCGGCUACGUUUCAGCGGAUGGCGGAUAGGCUCCUGGAGGGGUUGCAGGACUUCGCAUGUGCGUAUCUAGAUGAUAUUGCCAUCUAUAGCCGCACAUGGGGAGACCAUCUGGGUCAUGUGUCCAGGGUACUCGAACGAAUCCACCUCGCCGGGCUCACUUUGAAACCCGACAAGUGUCACGUAGGCCUAGCCGAGGUCCAGUAUCUAGGCCACCGUGUCGGCUCCGGUAGACAACGCCCAGAGCCCGCUAAGGUAGAAGCCAUAGCUAACUGGCCCCAACCUCGGACCAAAACCCAGGUACUGGCUUUCUUAGGGACGGCCGGGUAUUAUAGGAAGUUCGUCCCAGAAUAUAGCGCCCUGGCCAAGCCCCUCACGGACCUUACCAAAAAGGCCCUUCCCAAACAGGUCUCCUGGACCCCAGAGUGCACGGACGCUUUCCAGAAGCUCAAAGCGGCAUUGAGUGAGGCCCCUGUGUUGGCAGCACCCGAUUACACUAAACAAUUUCUCGUCCACACAGAUGCCUCCAUGUUUGGGCUGGGAGCCGUGCUAAGCCAGGUGGGGGCGGAUGGCAUGGAACACCCGGUGGCAUACCUCAGCCGUAAACUUUUGCCCCGAGAAGUCAGCUAUGCCACCGUAGAAAAAGAGUGCUUGGCCCUCGUGUGGGCCCUCAAGAAACUUCAGCCCUAUCUGUAUGGGCGAGCGUUUACCCUUAUGACCGACCACAACCCCCUGGUAUGGCUCAACCGGGUAGCUGGUGACAACCCCAGGCUACUCCGGUGGAGCCUAGCUCUCCAACCAUACAAUUUUACCAUGCAGUACCGUCCGGGUAAACAAAAUGGGAAUGCGGAUGGACUGUCCCGCCAGACCGAACUGGACACCUAAAAACGUACUUUCAUCGGACAUCCCCAAGCCAACCCGACAGGGUCUAGGCGGGUAUGCCGACCUAUGGACUUAUAGGGGAGCAGUGUGAAGAAAUGACUCCGUUCAUCAGGAUUUCUACCUUUGUUGCACAAGUUAAUUCACCCAAUUCAGCUGGAAUUCGGCAUAUAGCUAUAAUUUCUACCCUUCGGAUGGAUUCAGGCGAAUUCCCCGUGUAAACUCUAGGUGGCCGCCAUUUCGGCACUUUACACGUGGUCGCGGCCAUUUUACGUGCGAACAGCGGUGUUUGCCCGUCAAACGCGUGGAACUAAAAUCGGAUACGCAAACAGGCGAACACCGCUGAGACCUCCAUACAUCCAGAACUUCGCACGGAAAAAACCGAAUCACCGGCCGUUCGGUAGUUACAUGCAACUUCGUAUGGGGAUUUCAACGACCACGAAGAUGCGAACGGAUGGCAGGACUUUCGUCUUUUUUAUUCGCCUAAACGGAGACCGACCGCAGGGCCAAAACUUAUGGAACUAUUUUCGGCUAGAUGAUCCGUGCGGUCGGUCAAAACUUUAGUGCUCCAUAACUCCCGAACCAUUCAUCCGAAUGGACUGAUUUUUUGACAUAUUGUCCCCACAAGUGAGCACUAUCCAGCGGUGCCCAAUUUAAAGGUGUACCCCCUGUUUUUGGGGUACAUCCAGAACUGGGGUAAAAUAGUGCACGUUUUAAUGAAGUUAACUGUUUAUCAGAGGGGAGGGAGGUAGGGGCUGUAACCUGUACCUGAUUGGUGAUUUAAUGCCUCCCCCUGGGUGUGUAUUUUUUGUCUGUAACCCUAAUAAAAAGCAGGCUGGAGAUUCCAGACCUCAGAUCUACUUGUAUCCUGAUUCUGGACUCUGACUGUUAUUUGGGAAUUCGUAUGCUUUACCAAGGGGGUUAUCUUGGGAAGCUGUUAUAUUUCUUAUGGACUUCAUUGCUUGGAUCUACCCUAGACGCUGGCAUUGCAGGAGGAAUUAUCAAAGCGGUUCAGCUAUACUUGAUUUCCUUACAGGGUACAACAGAGAACAGUCUGCGUAGUUUGUCUAACGCAGUCCAAUAUUGCUCUAGAAUGUGUGUUCCCCACUGGGAGGUUCACAUUUCUGUCGAAUAACGGAUUUCUUUCUGCAUUUAUGGUGGUGUCCAUGCCUAUUCUCGUAAGCGAUAACUGUUUCGCUCAUGCCAAUUAAUUACUAAACCUGCCAAUUCCACACAUCAGUUCUAAGUGAAGAUGUGGUAUAAUUCAACCAGGUAGUUGCAUAGAAAUUGGUGCUACGUGCGAGUCUUUGUGACACAUCAGUUGCCAGUGGCAGUGGACAUUAAGCCAGACUAUCAGUCUUAGCAGUCACAAUGCAUGGACAUUAGCCUUUGUUACACUUUUAUAUAAAGUCACAAAGAGCCAGCGGUCAGGUAAUAGAGAACAGACAGGUGCAGAGUCACACAAAGCAUCACCGGUCAACUUAAGCUAGACUUAUUGCCUCCAAACAUCACAUUAACCCAAGGGCAGACACAGGAGGGUUUACAAGGGGUCAAGGUAUUUAAACGGUCCUGUGGUCUGGAACAAUUAUAUCCAAGAAUACAUUUCAAUCUUCAAGCUGAGGGAUUGAAAAUAAAGCCGGUCUGAGAGGAUAAGAAGUUUCCGAAUACACAGGAAGGUAGGUUCCCCUAAAUCCAAAAGCCGCCUGCCACGGCCCACUAGGAGACUGGAUUACAGCACAAAGUACAGAAUUCUCUCGUUGGAACACGGCACAUCACUGGGAAGCUAGGAUUGCUGGCUUCUGUAAUGCAGUCUCAUCUAUUAUUUUAACGUGUAAAGUUUGCACAGCGCUACGCAAAUCUUCAGAUAACUCAUUAGCCUCUAAUCACACUAGGGAAAUUAUACAAGUUGAAGAUCAAAGGUCAUUCUUAAAUGAUCACUAUAGGGUCAGGAACACAAAAAUGUAUUCCUGACCCUAUAGUGUUAAAACCACCAUCUAGCCCCCCCUGGGCCCCUCAUGCCUCCCUAAAUAUAGUAAAAAUCUUACUGUAUUCAAGCCUGAAGCUGUAGAUCUGCAUGCUGUUAGACUCAGAAAAACAAACAGUAUGCUGACAUCAUCAGAAGUGGUAGCCUGAUCCAAUCACAAUGCUUCCCCAUAGGAUUGGGUGAGACUGACAAAGAGGUAGAUCAGGGGCAGAGCCAGCAUGAUUCAAACACAGCCCUGGCCAAUCAGCAUCCCCUCAUAGAGAUGAACUGAAUCAAUGAAUCUCUACUAGGAAAGUUCAGUGUCUGCAUGCAGAGGGAGGAGAUACUGAAUGUUUGGAUGCAUUUUAGGUGCCCUCCGACCCCCACCCAUCCCUUCCCCCUGCCCCGCCUUCUAAAUACACACACACACACACACAUUCACUGACAGAUACGCAUACACUAGCUAACAGAAACACACACUCACAGGCAAACAUACACACACAGUCAGACACACACAAACACUCACUCACACACACUAACAGACACACACUUAUAUUUUUUUUUAACCGCCCAGUCUCCUUACCUUUGGGAGUGCUGGGGGGGAGGGGAAGGGGUACUCUAUCUCCCUGGGGGUUCAGUGGCUGCUGGCGAGGGAGCACUUCCCCUGAGUACUCUGCUCAGCUCCCUCGCACGCCUCAGAGUGAGGCUGGGAGCGGGAAUAUGACGUCAUAUUCCGGCUCCCAGCAUCACUCUGCGGCGCGCGAGGGAGCUGAGCAGACCGCUCAGAGGAAGAGCUCCCUUGCCAGCCGCCCGCCAACGCCGCCCACCCAGCCCAGCAUGUCAGUUAGCCGCAAGGCUAACAAGGCAUUUGCCCUGGGCAUUUGGGAGGCGGCUUUUUUUGCCGCCCCCUGGAAAAUGCCGCCCAAGGCAAAUGCCUUGUUUGCCUAGCGGCUAAAACGUCCCUGCUGUAAUGUAAACACUGCAUUUUCUCUGAAAAGACAGUGUUUACAGCAAAAAGCCUGCAGGUAAUGAUUCUACUCACCAGAACAAAUUCAAUAAGCAGUAGUUGUUCUGGUGACUAUAGUGUCCCUUUAACCGUAAGGUUUUAUCAGAGUCGCCAACUCCUAUUCUUCAAUUUCUGCAUAAUGUGUGGACUAUAAAAAACCGUCAGGUGAGAAAGGUGAUACAAACCUCUUUCCAUCUAAUAUUUCCAUUCACAGGGGUAUCUGGUCAGCUAGCCAAAAGGGCACCUACUAUCCCAGCACUAAUCCCAUACCAGGCACAGCGACAUUUUAUACAUCCAACACAAUGUAUGGGCAAACAGGAUGUCCAAAAUGGUGGGGACGGUUACGGAGAGCAGAGUUGGCUUGAGAAAGGCUCUUGGGUGUGCCAAAACCAUUCCACUCUAACAAAGUCUGUAUUUUGGAUAUUCUGUGUGUGGCCGGACAUCUGUUCUCUACGUUUAGAUUAACAAAAAAAAAAAAUCUGUAGAGUCCAACACAAACUCUUAGGGUUGAGAAUUCUACAUCUUUAUUGUUUUUACUAUAGAGAACUAUUUCAUCUGUUGUAAGUGAAAUUGCCUUUCUUCCAGUCUCAAUGGUGAACUCUUGCCGAUUGUAUAUUCCUGCUAAUGAAUAGGUUAGCACAUAGCGGUUUGUACUGACCCUGUAUAUAUUUAUGUAGGGCUAUCAUAUCCCCUCUAAGGUCUCUUUCCCCCCCGCCCCUGUAGAAAACAAAUGCAGUUUUCUAUCCUUUCAUCAUAACUAGGGUUUCCCCAUAACCCUUAUUAAUGGGGUAGUUUGCCUCUGUAGUUCUGCAAUAGCUUUCUUUAAACCUGGUGCCCUAAAUUGCACUGCAUUUUCAAGAUGGGGUCUGGGAUUUAUUAAAGUGCAAAAAAAUUAAAUUAUAUUUUGAUCAUGUGUAGCAAUACCCCUACUGAUAUAGGACCUCACCAAUAGACCUUAUACAAGCCAUAGAUUUCAUGUUACACAAGGUUUCAAUGGCGUUCUUAUGGAAGCUGUAUAUUAUAUGCAAAGUGCCUGGAAUUAAAGAUUAAGCUGUAUUGGUUGCUACUCCCGCCCCAAACUGCUGGCUUAUAUUAAAUAUAAAACCUGUCCCAUCCCCGGUUCUGUAUUUCCCCUUUUAUAAAAGUGCUGACGAUUGAAGUAUAGAAUGUGACCUAUAUUUGCCAAGUGAAUAUAUUAAGACUUGUCGGAACACGUGUGAAGUUCUAAGAGUUACUAUUUAUCAACGUCAGACGAUUUAGAUCAUUCGGGUUCUAACACUACAAGUAACCAACAAUGUAGGAAUAUAUUCACUAAACAGUGACCUGAAAGGAAUCCAGGCAAUAGAUCAAAAUAAAUAAAGCUCUACUUCAGCCAUAGCCACGGGUUGACCACUGAAUUCUGCAGUCUGGUUUUCAAUACAAUUCCCCCUCUGUGUGUGAUACAUCGAAGGAAUAGCAAUACAGGGUGUGAUGGGAAUCAUGGUGGAUAUUUAAAUAAAUCUGACCAGUCCGGGCCCCCCCAGGACUACAGGGCCCAUGACAACCGUUAUGGUUGUCAUGCCCUGAUGGCGGCCCUGAUGAGUUGUAUAUUUAUGCAAUAUUUACAGUUUUGGCAAGUUAUUUUUAUUAAUCCAAGUUAGUUGAACUUGUAGCGUAUAAAUUAAAAAAAUAAUGUACAGAAAAAUGAUCUUAAUUCUAUUGUUGUAAUGUAAUGUGUACAUAAUGAACAUGUUUAGUUUAAUCCGGUCUCCAAAUAUACGGGAAUCAGGACUAACCCAUUUAAUUGGAGAUUGUUCACCUUGCAAUCAUUUCAUCAUUAUCAAUACAUUUCUAAUGGUUUAUAACACAAUCGUUUCUGAUAGAACUGUUAAACUAAUUGGAAGAGUUAUUGUAAAAUCUUCAUCAAGUUUAGAGAUAUUAAAAUUUAUAACAACCAGUAAGAAUAAUAAAGGUUUUACAUUUAAGAUCGAGUCAUGAUUUAAGAUCGAGCCACUAAUGAUUUAAAUCAAAGCCACUUCAAUAAGGACUAGUCUCUGGAACAGGUUUGGUUUUUUAGGACUUACCUAUUCACAUCCUAAACAGUAGGUUUCCAGAAACAGGCUGCUGGUGUGGAUUGUCACGAUAAUUGUAUCCCAUCCGGAUUUAGAAUAGAUGGGAUCACAUAGCAUCGGGGUGUAUUACUGGGAUCCCUUCUGCACUGUACCUCACAGUCAGCAGACACAUUCCAGCCAAUCAGCAGCAGACCCUCCCUCCCACAGUCCACUAACUAUAAAGCACUCCUAGUGGCCGUCUGAGUGACUAUAACUAGAGGUGUUUCUCUCAAAAAAGGCAGUGUUUACAUUAAAAAGCCUGCAGGUACAUACUAUACACACCAGAACAACUACAUUAAGCUGUAGUAGUUCUGGUGAUUAUAGUGUCCCUUUAAUUUUAGGGGUGUUAGUGGUGGUGUGACCAGGGGUGGGACUGAUCUAAGAAAGUUUAAGUGAUUUACUAAUAACAAUUUAUAGAACUAAAAUGUAAUUUAGAAAAAGAACAAUGUAUCUUAUUUACAGACUGAUUUCUAAACACAUUUAUUGUAGUUUAACCCCUUAACCUCUUAAGGACGCAGCUUCAAAAACUGGACUUACCCCUAAAGGAUCACUAUAGGGUCAGGAACACAAACAUGUAUUCCUAACCCUAUAGUGUUAACACCACCGUCUAGCCCCCCUGGCCCCUCAUGCCUCCCUAAAAAUAGCAAAAUCUUACUGUAUUCAAGCCUGAAGCUGUAACUCUUAAUGCUGUUUGACUCAGAAUAGUCAAUAGUCAAAACCUAUCUGCUGACAUCAUCAGAGGUGGUAGCCUGAUCCAAUCACAAUGCUUCCCCAUAGGAUUGGCUGAGACGGAGGCAGAGCCAGCACAAUUCAAACACAGUCCUGGCCAAUCAGCAUCUCCUCAUAGAGAUGAAUUGAAUCAAUGUAUCUCUAUGAGGAAAGUUCAGUGUCUGCAUGCAGAGGGAGGAGAUACUGAAUGUUUGGAUGUAUUUUAGGCAGCCAUGACCCAGGAAGGAUCUCUAACAGCCAUCUGAGGAGUGGCCAGUGAAGUUAUCACUAGGCUGUAAUGUAAACACUGCAUUUUCUCUGAAAAGCCUGAAGGGAAUGAUUCUACUCACCAGAACAAAUUCAAUAAGCUGUCGUUGUUCUGGUGACUAUAGUGUCCCUUUAAUUCACCUUCCUGCUUAAUACUCACUACCUCACCCACCCCCCAAUUCCCACUUUCACCGACAGAAAACCCUACACCCAGCUAAACCCAAAAUAAAAUUACUGAUCGCAGGCCAAUUAUGUGCGACAGCACUAAAAGGGUUAUUUUUAAAAAUUUUUACAGAAAUUAAGAGAAAAAAAAUGUCAGCCUUCUGAACACGUAUAUGCGGGAGUAUUAUUGCUGUGGAGCUCUGUGAUACACUCAGACACAUUACUGGGAGUAUUAUUGCUGUGGAGCUCUGUUAUACACUCAGACACAUUACUGGGAGUAUUAUUGCUGUGGAGCUCUGUUAUACACUCAGACACAUUACUGGGAGUAUUAUUGCUGUGGAGCUCUGUUAUACACUCAGACACAUUACUGGGAGUGUUGUUGCUGUGGAGCUUGUUAUACACUCAGACACAUUACUGGGAGUGUUAUUGCUGUGGAGCUCUGUUAUACACUCAGACACAUUACUGGGAGUAUUAUUGCUGUGGAGCUCUGUUAUACACUCAGACACAUUACUGGGAGUAUUAUUGCUGUGGAGCUCUGUUAUACACUCGGACACAUUACUGGGAGUAUUAUUGUUGCGGAGCUUUGCUAUACACACAGGCACAUUACUGGGAGUAUUAUUGCUGUGGAGCUCUGUUAUACACUCAGACACAUUACUGGGAGUAUUAUUGCUGUGGAGCUCUGUUAUACACUCAGACACAUUACUGGGAGUAUUAUUGCUGUGGAGCUCUGUGAUACACUCAGACAUUACUGGGAGUAUUAUUGCUGUGGAGCUCUGUGAUACACUCAGACACAUUACUGGGAGUAUUAUUGCUAUGGAGCUAUGUUACACACAGACACAUUACUGGGAAUAUUAUUGCUGUGGAGUUCUGUUAUACACUCAGACACAUUACUGUUGCUGUGGAGCUCCAUUAUACACUCAGACACAUUACUGGGAGUAUUAUUGCUGUGGAGCUCUGUUAUACACUCAGACACAUUACUGGGAGUAUUAUUGCUGUGGAGCUCUGUUAUACACUCAGACACAUUACUGGGAGUAUUAUUGCUGUGGAGCUCUGUUAUACACUCAGACACAUUACUGGGAGUAUUAUUGCUGUGGAGCUCUGUUAUACACUCAGACACAUUACUGGGAGUAUUAUUGCUGUGGGGCUCUGUUAUACGAGACACAUUACUGGGAGUAUUAUUGCUGUGUAGCUGUUAUACGCUCAGACACAUUACUGGGAGUAUUAUUGCUGUGGAGCUCUGUUAUACACUCAGACACAUUACUGGGAGUAUUAUUGCUGUGGAGCUCUGUUAUACACUCAGACACAUUACUGGGAGUAUUAUUGCUGUGGAGCUCUGUUAUACACUCAGACACAUUACUGGGAGUAUCAUUGCUGUGGAGCUCUGUUAUACACUCAGACACAUUACUGGGAGUAUUAUUGCUGUGGAGCUCUGUUAUACACUCAGACACAUUACUGGGAGUAUUAUUGCUGUGGAGCUCUGUUAUACACUCAGACACAUUACUGGGAGUAUUAUUGCUGUGGAGCUCUGUUAUACACUCAGACACAUUACUGGGAGUAUUAUUGCUGUGGAGCUCUGUUAUACACUCAGACACAUUACUGGGAGUAUUAUUGCUGUGGAGCUCUGUUAUACACUCAGACACAUUACUGGGAGUAUUAUUGGUGUGGAGCUCUGUUAUAUACUCAGACACAUUACUGGGAGUAUUAUUGCUGGGAGCUCUGUUAUACACUCAGACACAUUACUGGGAGUAUUAUUGCUGUGGGGCUCUGUUAUACACUCUGACACAUUACUGGGAGUAAGAGGUUAUAACUAUCAGGGUAUCAGGGAGAGAGGUUAUAACUAUCAGGGUAUCAGGGAGAGAGGUUAUAACUAUUAGGGUAUCAGGGAGAGAGGUUAUAACUAUUAGGGUAUCAGGGAGAGAGAGGUUAUAACUAUCAGGGUAUCAGAGGGAGAGAGGUUAUAACUAUCAUGGUAUCAGGGAGAGAGAGGUUAUAACUAUCAUGGUAUCAGGGAGAGAGAGGUUAUAACUAUUAGGGUAUCAGGGAGAGAGGUUAUAACUAUCAGGGUAUCAGGGGGAGAGGUUAUAACUAUCAGGGUAUCAGGGAGAGAGAGGUUAUAACUAUCAGGGUAUCAGAGGGAGAGAGGUUAUAACUAUCAUGGUAUCAGGGAGAGAGAGGUUAUAACUAUCAUGGUAUCAGGGAGAGAGAGGUUAUAACUAUUAGGGUAUCAGGGAGAGAGGUUAUAACUAUCAGGGUAUCAGGGGGAGAGGUUAUAACUAUCAGGGUAUCAGGGGGAGAGAGGUUAUAACUAUCAGGGUAUCAGAGGGAGAGAGGUUAUAACUAUUAGGGUAUCAGGGAGAGAGGUUAUAACUAUCAUGUUAUCAGGGAGAGAGGUUAUAACUAUCAGGGUAUCAGGGAGAGAGAGGUUAUAUGUGAUGUAUGUGUGUUUGUGUGUAAUGUGUGGGGUGGGGGGCCGUUUAGUUAAUAUCCCUCCUCCCUUCUUACCUUAUGUCGGGAGGGGGGACUGUGCUGCUGCCAUCCCUGGUGGUCCAGUGGUGAGUGAACUCUAUCCCCGCGAGAGGAACCCGACGGAGCUGCUGGCAAGAGCUCCCCGGGUUCUCUCCUGCCUCCAUGCUGCUGUGGGUCUGUGAGGGAGAUCUGUAAUAUUAAUGCAGUGUUUACUCACACACCAUCAGAUCUUUGAUCUCCCUCACUGGCCCACGGAGGGAGGCAGAUAGCGUGUGCUGCGGGGAUUAGGGUGUGCCCAGGCCUAUGUAUCAGGGUAUCAGGUGCAACUAUCAGAGGUAUCAGGAGAGAGGUUAACUAUUAGGGUAUCAGGGAGAGAGGUUAUAACUAUCAGGGUAUCAGGGAGAGAGGUUAUAACUAUUAGGGUAUCAGGGAGAGAGGUUAUAAGGGAGAGAGGUUAUAACUAUCAGGGUAUCAGGGAGAGAGGUUAUAACUAUUAGGGUAUCAGGGAGAGAGGUUAUAACUAUCAGGGUAUCAGGGAGAGAGGUUAUAACUAUUAGGGUAUCAGGGAGAGAGGUUAUAACUAUUAGGGUAUCAGGGAGAGAGGUUAUAACUAUCAGGGUAUCAGGGAGAGAGAGGUUAUAACUAUUAGGGUAUCAGGGAGAGAGGUUAUAACUAUCAGGGAGGGAGAUUCUCAAAAUAAACAAGCAGAUUCUCAGGGUCUUAGGGUGAAUAAGGACAUUUUAGUCAUAAAUGUGCAGAAUAUCAAAGUCUUGUAAUCAAUAAUAAGAUUAUUGGAGUUAAUGAGCAGAUACUGGGGUUAAACAGUAUGAAUGUAUCGCCUUUAUAAUUCACAGUAAUUAGCUUUUUUUCUAAUACUCUGUCACAAAGAAAAUCCCUGCUUGAAUGCAGGUGUCCCUAUAAAAGUUAGCUAAGUCGGGACAAGCGUGGAAUGCCUCGAAUGAGAUUAGUUACUACUAUUUAAUUACCACAUUCAGUGAGAUGGGCUGUUAAAUGUUUAACAUCAUUCAGUUUAUUCUAACAGCUCUCACAAUUAACAUUAUCCAUUUUACGCUGGUAGACAUACAAUUUACAGAAACUCUGCUCUUAGGGCGCCCCCUGUGGUCCAUUCUGACAGGCAGCCUGCUGGGAGACGUAGUAUAACACGCUGUAAUAUUAAUGCAGUGUUUACUCACACACCAUCAGAGCCCGGGUACUGCUUUACAGAAGUGCUGCUGGCAAUGCACUGACUCAGCCGCCAUGCUGCAAGGCAAAAACUUGUUUUGGCCAAAUCACAUUGCCCCAAAAUAAGACAUUCAUCCGGACGGCAGAAUUUCAACCAAAUGGUGGUUCUGCUCGUCCGAAUUUCAUUAAGGUAAAAAAAGAUUUUAGAAAAUGAAUCAGAUAAACAAAAAAAAGAGACACAAAAACAGGCCAAGCCGUGUCCUGCAAAAUACAUGCAUAAUAUACAUUUUAUAAAUAUCACGUAUACAGUAUAAUUUGACAUUUAGAAAAUUGGGCAGACUAGAUGGGCCGAAUGGUUCUUAUAUGCCGUCACAUUCUAUGUUUCUAUAUAUAUAAAAAUGACCGUUAUAGUCAUUAGCAAUCAUGGACUUAUUAAAAAUCUUCCUUUAUUAUUCUAUGUUUUAAAAAAUUGACCAACGUUUCAGUCCAACCUAUGGACUUUCUUCAGGAUCAUCCCGGGGGUUGAUCCUGAGGAAAGUCCAUAGGUUGAACUGAAAAGUUGGUCAUUUUUUUACAUAUCUAUAUAAAAAAAAAUAUAUAUAUAUAUAUAUAUAUAUAUAUAUAGAUAGAUCGAUAGAUAGAUAAAUUAUAUAUAUUUUUUUUAAGACUAAUUUUUUUCCUCCUCUAGAGACUGUCCUCUAGCCAUCAAUCAUCUCUUUUUUUGAGUAGAAUUCGGAAUAAGUAAUUAUAACGAACAUGCCUGGCCUUGUUUGGUUUGUGAUUCAGCUGCAUUUUUGCUCAGGGUUCAGAAAUUCGGCCCAAAUUUGGGUAAAUUGCAGGGGUAGUUAAGGCGGUUGGUUAAGCAUGUCUGGUUAUACGGUUGGUUAUUGUGUUUCGAGCCCGUCGGUGGCUCAGAACCGCGGGGGUGUAGGGGUAUCUGGGCAUAACCCUACCACGGUUCUGUUUAGAAAAUGUAUUUGCACGUUAUUUGUUGUGUAUGUGUGUUGUUACAUUGUUAAUUAUAUUGUUUAUGGGUCAUUACCUUUUAUUGUUAUUGUUAUGAUCAAUAGUUAUCUUAUGUUAUAUCAAUAGUGUGAGUGUCUUAUCUGGGGGUUGUGUUGGGAACCUGCCCAACUUGCGACAAUGCACCUGUCAUGACAAACAAUGGAGGUGUGACAUCAUAUAAGCAGGUACAAUAAUUAUCAAAAACGGAGGAGGCAGGGUUAAAAUGCAGAAUAUUUAUUGUACAUAACUGAGCAGCAAAAAAUAUACUUCUAAUAAUUUGGGCCAUCAGCUAUACACAUGCUUUAAGUUGGAUGGAUUCCAUUGCUAUCAGAUGUCUUUAAUUGAUACAUAUUAUACAUUAUAAAGGGAUGCACACAUUCAGCACAAACUGUUCUCACUGCUGGUAAAAUUGAGGAAGAAAAACAUUUCAGUUGUUUUUAGUACGUCCCUCUCAGGUGUUUACAGACAUUUUUGGUAGAUUUAUGGGGCAGCUGUUUUAUGGUUUAAUUGUCUCAUUGUGUUCACACAGCGCGAGAUGGGAAGGGUUCGGUCAAGCAGGUUUAAGAAACAUGUAUUAACGUAACACUAAAACCUAACCUCUUAAGCAAUGCUUCUCAGCUAUUUUACUUCAAGGACUGACAAAUAAAAUGUAUAGGCUCCACCAGGGCUAAUACAAGGGGUUUCACUCCUCAAAGCAUAAAUCCACAUGCAACCUCCUCGUGUAUUCCACAUUAGUUUAUUUUUAUUAUUCAUUUUCCUUUAUAGUUUCUUUGUCUGUCAGUCUGUUUCUUCCUUUUUCGUCUCUUUUUAUGUCAGUGUCUUUCUGUCCGGCUCACACUGUACGUGUCUUGUUUUACAACGAGUAUGUGUCUCGUUUUCCUGUUAGUUUUCUGCCAGUCUCUCUCUCUGUCCCCUCUCUUGUUUUUUCCUAACUAGCAUUUCCGACAGUCUCGCCACAUGGGUGCAUUGACGAUUGUGUUUGUAGGGAUUCCGCGUUUGUGUGUGAUCAAGGCUGUAUGGUAGUGAUAUGUGUGGGGAGCCUUUGUAUAUUGUUUGUAUGUGGAUACUGUGUAUUAUGGGAGUGGAGGGCCCCCUAGUGGUCACGUAACAAAUUAAGGGGUUGUCUCCUGGGAGGGGAGUGCAAACGAGUAGAUAUAUAGUUUGGCAGGAGUGAGGGGCCUAUUCAUAGCUUAUUGGGUGCCAUUCCAGUCUGCCAGUCUCUCACUGCUUUCUCCUCUGGGUUUUCGGCAGUGCACUUGCCGGUGGGGUUCGCCACUAAGUUUCGCCACUCCAUAGUUGGGCUGGUUUGUUGAGCUCACCACCCUCCCUGGUUUAUUUCUUCAACUCUCCUGUGGCAGCUGUCAGUUACUUUAGUCUGUCGGCGCCACUGUUCUGUUGAGAGAUAGUUCUGUACCAUUUGCUGCUCCUGCAAGAAGGUGCGGGUCCAGCGUAAUGCAGAGAUGAAGGAUGAGAGUGCCGGCAAGUUUAUGUUGGUCUGUUGGGGAACCCUUCUAGAGCAUAUAGGUGAGGUGCGGUCUCCCCUAAGAUCCUGUUUUCCUCCGAUUGGGCGGAAGCAAUGCGGGAUUUACUGCAGGAAUAGGUGGGAGCUGCAUCCUCUUGGGGUCUGAAUAAUUAGGGCCUCAAUGCCGCCACCCUAGACAUCAGUUAUUCUGUCCUAGUACUUGUUAUUUAUUUUGUUGGUUAAAUGUUGGAUGCCUUUUAAUUAUGGUUAAUUUAAGCAACCAGCGAUGGUUUUCCCCUUCCAAUCUGUUCUACUUGCUUUAUUGGGGGAUUUAUAGGAAAAUGGUAAGAGGGAGGGGGUGGAGAUUGGGUUAUAUUAUGUUUUAUUAUGUAGUUGCACGUAGGUACAAUAAGAGAUCUACCCAUUAUGUGUGAUCUGGCUUAGUGAAUGGGAGGUUGUGUAUGAAGUGGCUGUAGAGACAGAGUGGUGAUGUGUGUUGUUAUUGGGUUGUAUGUUGGGUUGUGUGUGGGGGAGGGUGGAUAUGUGUUUUGUGUGUGUGGGAGGCUGUGUGUAUUGUAAGAGGAUGUGAUGGGCUGUUCAAUAUUAGUGGCCUGUGGGGCUGAAAUGUGCCCCCUGUGCAUACUGUGAUCAUGGCACAUGCAUGCCCUAUGUACUAUUAGGGUGAGUAUGUAUAAUGAGUGACAGCCGAGUCCUCAUUGCGUGCAACCCAGAUAUAUCGCAUUUUGUAAAUAUGCAGCCCAGUUAUCAUUAAAUCUGUCUAUAAUUACACUGAAAUGCACCAUCUGAAUGAACCACAUUGAGAAUAAAUAGAUUAAUCACAUGUCCUAUAUCUGUGCGGUUUCCGUCCCUGAUCGCUUCCCUGUCUUCGCAGCAAUCCACCGUGGAGACCCUGAAACGCGCGAAGCGCGCAUGGAUCAUAGACACAUUUGAACUUCAGGAGGAAUUGCCCGGCCCAUACCCAAAAUUCAUUGGCAGGGUUUGUACAAUAACUUUUACUAAGAAACUAAUUUCUAUACACUGUGUUCAUCACAUUUUAUUUUACAGAAAAUUCUGGGCAUUAUACAUUGUCCUUCAGAAAGCAAAAUAAUUACAGCAAUAAGUGUGACCCUAACUCUUGUCAGCUCUCCUCCCACAGUGCACAGUCCGCCAUCUCUCCUCCCACUGCACAGUCUGCCAUCUCUCCUCCCACAGCGCGCAGUCUGCCAUCUCUCCUCCCACAGCGCACAGUCUGCCAUCUCUCCUCCCAUAGCGCACAGUCUGCUAUCUCUCCAACCACAGUGCAGUCUGCCAUCUCUCCUUCAACUGCACAGUCCGCCAUCUCUCCUCCUUCAACUGCACAGUCUGCCAUCUCUCCUCCCACAGCGCGCAGUCCGCCAUCUCUCCUCCCGCAGUGCAGUCUGCCAUCUCUCCUUCAACUGCACAGUCCGCCAUCUCUCCUCCCACAGCGCACAGUCUGCCAUCUCUCCUCCCACAGCGCGCAGUCCGCCAUCUCUCCUCCCACAGCGCACAGUCUGCCAUCUCUCCUCCCACAGUGCAGUCUCAUAGCUCUCCUCUCACAGUGCCCAGCCUGUCAUCUCUCCUCCCACUGCGCAGUCUUCCAUCUCGCAGUCCGCCAUAGCUCUCCUUCCAAGAACAGUCUGCCAUCUCUCCUGCGUUAAAGUGAGUUUGAGUUGUACCUUUGCCAGUAGUGAUUUAUCUGGUUCUCUGUUUGCUCCCACGUCUGAUAGGUACAAGUGGAAGAAGAUGAGCAAAUGAAAUACAAGCUGACGGGGAUAGGGGUGGACGAGGAUCCUAAGGGGCUCUUCCACAUUAAUGAGGACGAUGGAUCUAUUUACGUGCACCAGAAGAUAAAUUACGAAGCCACUCCAAUGUUCCAAGUGAGUAUUCCAACUUUUCAUUCGCUAUGUAUCCACCAUCCUUUAAACUGGAUCUUGUGGUUUAUUCACUAAAAUGUAAGAUACGAGUCGCUACAUUUUCUCUCUCUGAUGUUUUAUGCCAACAUUGUGCAAGUUAAUGUGUAGUUCAUCCCAAUAAUUACAUGGUUCCCUGAGUCUUCAUUCUCCAAUUUUAUCCGAUGGUAUUUACUCUUCCGGGUCCAUGAUAAUCAUUUGAUAAAACGUGAUAAUGUUUCACUGUGAACUGCUGUGAAUGCCUAGGAAACGUCACAUAUUGGGUUAAACCCAUGGAAACUCAGAUUACAUUUUUUGUUUCCAUUCAGAUAUUUUAUUCUAAAAUGUGAAAUUCUUUGGUGAAUUAGUAAAUAACCCUUUGAAUUUGUAUUUCAAACCAGUUCUUGUCAGUGUUGGGACCACCGAUGAAUUUCUCAGCGUCUAAGAUUGCGCAAUAAAAUCACUAAGAUAUUUGUUCUGGAAUGUAUUUAUUUUAUUGUGAAUUUAUUGGGAUAUAUAUCUAUAUAUUUAAGAAUUUUUUUUUUGCAUAUAUUCUAAAAAUGUCUAUUUUUGUGAAAGUGCCAUUUUACACUACUUCCUUUCUGACCAGUAAUUAUUAAGAUUGGGUAUUGUGGCCAAAAUGUCAUGCUCAUCAUUCCUACCUAUCAAUGUUUGGGUUCCAUUUUCACAAUUUAGCUGUGACGGAGCUCAGCACUCCUGGAUACCUGAAGUGAUUAUAGCUGUUAUAGUUGUCUCACCAAAACACUAGCUGAGACUUAGUGAAGGGUGAAUAAGAACUGUCUUUAUUGAGAACAAGGUACACUUAUUCUCAAUAAAUAUACACACAUCCCCAGGGCCACCAUCAGGGGGUGACAACCAUGACAGCUGAAACGGGCCCGGCGGCCCUGGGGGUUCGGCUGCCCAGGCCCCACGUGUAGCGGUUGGAACUGCAACCGGUGCUCCUUCACCGGGGGCCCGCACGCUGAUGGGCCCCAUCAGGUGGCCCAAGCAUUUAGGACCACCUGAUGGGCCCUAUAUCUUCAGGGGCCCGGUCAGCGCUGCGGCUGUGUAAUAGCCCGACCGGGCCCCUUUUAAAAAUGCCAGCCGCAACUCUUGCUGGGAAGAAGUGACGGCCGGUCAAAUCCUCCCAGCUCACUCUGCACGGGAGGGAGGAGAGACAGCGUGAAGGCCGUGAAGAGGGAGAGCCAGCCAACUCCCAUCAACUCUAGCCACCCUCCUGCAAUGAAAAGAUAAGAAACAGGAGAGUGACUGAAAAAUGAGCUGUGUGUGUGUAUGUAUGUAUGUCAGUAUGUCUGUCUGUAUUUGAGUAUGUCUGUCUGUCAGUCAGUAUGUAUGUAUGUCUAUGUCACGUAUUCAUCCGCUUAUAAAAAUGUGGUUAACGGCAUUUACUGUCCACACAGGAAAAGUUGUGCCGAGCAGCAACCAAAUCCACAAAAGGGUUAAUGCUGAGCAGCAAUUAUGCAAAUGUGAACCUGGUAACGGCUUUUGGGGUCAGAUCUAGAGGAGGGGUAUUUAGGCCCAGUUCUCAUCCUGCUUAGUGCCCUGUCGUGGUUUCCCUUCUGGUGGUCCGAGAGCGCGUUCCUGAUUCAAGUUUCUUCUGGUUUUUGACUUUGGCUUUGAUUUUGACUUCCCUGUUUUCUGGUAUCCCUAACUUCUGGCUUUCUCUUAUCGUUGUGUCUCUUUCUGUAUUCCCUGACCUCGGCAAGUAUCCUGACUAUUCUUUGGUACGUUAAGUCCGGCCAUUCUAAGGCCCGGUAAUACGUUACCUAUUAGUCAUCUGUGUGACACAAUUCUACGUGCUGGAUCAACUAGCAAUCCUGACAGUCUGUAUGUAUGUAUGUAUGUCUGUCUGUCUGUGUGUAUGUAUGUACGCAUGUGUCUGUGUGUAUGUAUUUCAGUAUGUAAGUAUGUAUGUAUGUCAGUUUGUAUGUAUGUAUGUCAGUGUGUGUGUGUAUGUAUGUGCCUAUGCAUAUGUAUGUGUGUCUGCAUGUAUGUUAGUAUGUGUCUGUGUGUCACUAUGUAUGUCUGUGUUUCUGUAUAUGUGUGUGUCAGUAUGAAUGCCUGUAUGUGUGUUUGUCUGUUUCAGUAUGUCUGUCUGUUAGUAUGUAUAUGUGUGUGUCAGUAUGUGUGAAUCUUUGUCCUUUUUGUAUCACUGCAUGUGUCUGUAUGUAUUCCUGUGGGUGGGAUUUGGAGGCUGGCCCUGGGGUGGGAUUUGGAGGCAGGCCCUGGGGGGCUUGGAGGUGGGCCCACGGGGGCCUUGACCUUGAGCUGUGUUAGGGGCCCCAAAAUUUCUGAUGGCGGCCCUGCACGUCCCCAACAGAGGGUCCAUGGCUUAAAUCCCACACUGACGCCUCUGAAUCUGUGCGAUAACAAGAUCAGUAACUGCUAAGUUAAUUAUCUCAAAGACAUCAAGGUGUCAUCACAAUAUACCCCAAAACAUACGGAAUGACACAAAUAAGCCCCGCGUGUCUUAUAUCACCGGAUAGCUCUCCCCUCUGGUUAAAAAGAGCGAUCUCGCCGUACUCCUGUUGCUGAAUCACCACCCGGUUAAAGUCUUGGCCAGAGUAACCACUAUGAGAUUUGCUGCUUUCCCUGCAAGACUCGGUCACCGGGUGGGUUGCAGUGAGGGUGCUCUUCGGGGCUGUGCCUAAUAAAGGACAGGGCGAAAACCAGGAAAUAUGACUUUAGUUUUAAGUGAGAAAUUGGGGUGAAUGUCUCGGCAUAGUGGCUGGACUGCGGAUCUGUCACAAGCUGUUACUGCUUACUUACAUUUUGUCCACUCCAAACUCCACUCAGCGCAAGAGACGGUAUAUAAAGCUCAGUCCCUUCAGCUGUAUUGCGCAAGUCCUUCAUUCCUGCAAUAAAGGAGGGUGGGUGCUUUAUGCCCACUACAGUACUUUUAUGCUAAACGCAGUAGCAGCCUGCAAUGCCUUAUAUUGUACAGAUCACAAAGUUUAGUCUCGUAACUGUCCAUAUUGUUUGUGGCCAUUAUGCGCACAUAGAGACAUUAUAUUAACAUGCUGCUCAAUACACCUGUGCUAAAGGCCAAUAGCAAUACACCUGAGUUAAUGUCAGAUAGAGAUACACCUGAGUUAACGGUAGAUGUACCUGUAAUUAAGCAGAUACAUCACCAUAUCUGUCUUGUUAGUGAGCCUUGCAAGAGGCUGGGACAGAUCUGGUCACUAUUUGUGCUUUCUGUCCCAUGGAUAUAGCUCAUAAUAUUCUAAUAUCGUCUCCAUAUCACUGGCAGUAAAUGAAAUCCCUGUCCAUCUAAUGCUUCUUACUUCUUCCCAGCUGACACUUUGUAUCUCACUGCUUGCUUUUAUUCCUAUCACCUUUCCUUCCAUUCCCUCUCCUCUCCCUCCCAUCUCCUUCGACUCACUCCCCGACGUGUGUUAAUUGCAAACUCUUUGAAAAUGUUGGUUUUCUCUUUUCCUUCUUUCCCUUUCAGUGGAAAUUCAACGCUAUAAACAAAACCUCCGGCAAAGUGGGGACAAAACUCGGAAUUCAGCUGAAGAUCUUGGACAUUAAUGACAAUGUCCCACAGUUCAGCCAGAAGUCUUAUGAAGUUUCUGUUAAUGAAAGCUUUGUGCAAGGUACAGCAACUAAACCGUACACGCCAUCUGCUCGCCGCACGCUCAGGUCAGCCUGUUUGCGUGUCCCAGCUGCCUGCUAAUUGCACGGUGGUUCUAGCACAGUCUCAAACAAUUUAAUUGCUACCUGAUGCACCAACUAACUGUGCCCACCAGCCGACACACUCACUUAUCUGCUUCCAAAAAUAUCGUUUUGAUGUCUUUCAUUUUCCAUCCACAAAAAAAAGGCUGAGCCCACCGCACGCCUGUCUACAGCCCAGUCAAUAGUCCUGCAUUCUGGUCCCGUUAACACACCGCAGAAUCAAUUGUAAACACUGUUGUUAUACAAGAAUUUUACAUAUUAAUAACCGGCUCAUUAAUGCCCGAAGACAACUUAUGUUAUUUUAUGAUUACACAGAUUUAACCCUCUGUCCAUGGGCAUGAAAUAUACUGGGUUGGUUGCAGUGGUAAUUAAUUGGUUAACACAGCAUAAACAGUAUGCUGGAAGAUAAAAUCAACACUGUCUUAUAUCUGGCUGAGGGUAAUAUGAGUUGUACCUAGAAUGUGCCAACCAAUAUUGAGCUGGGACAAACCCAGAGAAAAAUAUAAACGCAUUUCUCUGAGUUUCUAAUAGGUAAGUAGGAAAAGUUCCAUACUGGAGUUUUCCUGAUUUCUCUUCUUUUAUAUAUCAAAAAUGUGGUUUCUUGGAUGGCAGACGCAGGGAAUUCUGCACGUGUUAAGAUAUAUUGUUAAUAUAAUAUUAAUGUUGAUUUAUUUAUAAAGCACAGUCACAUUCAUGCAGCAUUUGUCAUGUUACAACAGCGAAAGAAAUCAAAAAGUCUUAUACUGUGGAUCUGCUGGGUAAAAAGGAACAGACAGACAGAAAAUACUAAAAUUCUACUUAUAAGGGAUUUAUUCACUAAACAGUGUUAUGGUAAAAUUACAAACAUUUCAAGUACAGCUACUUUUUUUUGACUACUAUAUUUCUUUUGAUAUUAUUAUUUGAUACAUAAUGCGUUGCCAACAAUGUAUUUUACAGUGAAUAAUCCACAUAGAGCCUGCUUGUUUUCCAAAGAUUAAUAUUCCCAUGGAAACACAUGCUGCUUCCCAAUAAUGUUUGUGGAAGGCGUAGAGUCUGUCAGCCCCGUCACAGGGUCAGAGCUGUAGAAUGUCACGGCUGGGUGUGAAGGAGAAGGCAUCCCAAUAAAUCAAACAGUAAACUUGGUUUGUGGUUAUUACUUAAUUCCGAAGUCUGGAGACAGUGGGGUUCUGUAUGAAGAGCAAUUAUGGGGCAGAAUUGUAAAAUUGGCACAGUUACCAUGGAAACCAGUGGACUGUUUCUGCUAGUUAUUUUGUGGCUGAGAACUGCCACCAUGUUAAUAUUGUGUCAUUUGUAUAUAUUUCUGUACGGUAGGAAAUACGGUCUUUACGGUGUUGGCUUCAGAUUUAGAUGAAGAAGACAGCUUGAAUUCCAAGGUGUUGUAUCGUAUUGUGUCACAGAUGCCUACUGAUUCCGACGUCGAGUUCACUAUCGAACCAGAGAAAGGCUUCAUUUCGUUUAAAGGAUGUCUGGAUUACGAGGUGCGACAGACUUGCGAGAACGGGUGUAUUGACUUGCUCGCAGUGUGCCGGUUGUGAUGUCAUGGGUGCAGUUUCUGUAAAUAGCGGGGAAUUUGUCAUCGUCACAUUCAGCUUAGUUGGUGACAGCCUGCACCAGGUGGCUGUAAUUUGCAGUUUGCAUUUUGUAUCUAUUGAGACCAGAUUGCAGUCAAGGAUACAGAAUCAUUAAAAACUGCUAAUGGCAGAAUUUCUUUCAGAAUAUAACUUGCAUUAUCCUUUUUCCUUUGAUAUAUUCCUUAACCUGGAUUUCUUGUCCUCAUUAUAGUAACCUACAGCCUUGAGUGCCCCUGUAUGCUGUGCACACUGUCGUUGAUUGUUGCCUAACUUACUUGAUCACUUCAAAUUCCUGUAUAAACUUUCUUCAUUGUUAUUUCCACCAUCCUGAUCUGUCUGUAAUCUUUUCUUUCCCAGAGAAAUAAAAAGUAUAAAUUGGUGGUCGAAUCCAAGGACAAUGGUGAGGACAUCCAGCUCAGCAGCUCCUGUGAAGUUAAUAUCUAUAUUGUAGAUCGAAACAACCAUUUACCAGUCUGGAACGCAUCGCAGGUACAGGGCAUCGCAGAGUGGGGUGGAACCUGCAAAUGUUUCUAGAACUCAAUUCAUCUUCUAUUUCUAUCUUCUCAUUUAAAAACCCCUAAAGGCACCCACCCACUUUUCAUCUCAAUGAUCUGUCUCAAUGGUGUGUUCCAAUGAUCUGUCUCAAUGGUGUGUUCCAAUGAUCUGUCUCAACGAUAUCUCAAUGGUGUGUCACAACGAUAUUUAUUUAUUUAUAAUAUAUUUCACCAGGAUGGUAACAUUGAGAUUUCUCUCCUUUUCAAGUAUGUCCUGGGUCCACGAACACUGCAUUUUUACAUUGCAUUGUGACCAAAAAAUACAACAUACAAACAAUAUAUAUAUAUAUAUAUAUAUAUAUAUAUAAAAGGUAAUAAAUAUAUUCAACCAUGACAGGUGCAUUCUGUGCUGAGGUAUAUUGCCAUAGAUCUCUUAAAAGAUUUUAGAUUGAAUGAAGAUUUGACUGUGUCCCUGAGGUUAUAAUUGCGGUUUGCUAAAUAUCGUGUUAGUACUGGAUCGGAGGUUAUGGAGGUGGGAGCAGCUGGGGAGAGCAUUCUGCUCCGGUAGGGUGGGAGCUUCCCAGAAAUGCUUUGAAACACAAGGCUGGAAAGAUGAAGAGUGCGUCGGGAUUCCAGCGAUAGCCAGUUUAGUUCUUUUAACAUGUCCCAGUGAUGGGUAAAGUAAUUACAUUGUAGUACAAAGCGGCAGAACGAAUUAUAUAAUGUAUAUUUAGUAAGUUUAUUAAGGUGGACUUGAGGUGCGGGUACAUACACUACAUCCCCAUAACCAAUGACCGGCAUUAGCAUUUGUUGCCUUACCAUAGGGCUUAGGCAGGAUUUGUUUCUGUACAGGGCACCUAGUUUUGGGUAAAGUUUUAAAGAGAUUUUUUCAAUGUGAAGGCCAAAGGAUAGAUUGGGGUCUAGAAAUAUACCUAAAUAUUUAAAAGAGCAGACUGCUGUCAGUGUGCUAUUUGAAUUUGUUCUGAUAAAUAGUUGUUGAUUUUGUAGUUAACGUACUUUAGGUACUGUCCCAAAGAUCAUUGUAACAGUUUUGUCAGUGUUUAGGAAGAGUUUGUUAUCCGCUAUCAACUUCUCUACCUCUGUGAAUUGGUUUUGGAGCACAGACUCAAACUGUGGUAAAUUGGGGUUAUUAGCGUAGAUUACUGUCGUCUGCGUACAUGUGUACAGUUAAGGAUUUGCCUACAUUAGGCAGAUCAUUUAUAAAUAAUGUAAAUAGUAGGGGGCAGAGAAUGGAACCUUGGGGAACACCACGCGUGACUGGUAGAGGGAGUGAGGCGCUAUCAGAUAUGGCCACAUAUUGUGAUCGAUCCGAUACCUAUGAUCGAAACCAGGUUAGUAGACGAAUCACAAAUACCUGAGUUUUUAAGUUUUUGAAAAAGAAUGCCAUGGUCUACUGUGUCAAAGGCCUUGGCAAAAUCAAGGAAAAUAGAUAUGUCUCAAUUGUGUGUCUCAAUGAUGCGUCUCAAUGAUGCGUCUCAAUGAUGCGUCUCAAUGAUGCGUCUCAAUGAAGUGUCUCAAUGAUGCGUCUCAAUGAUGUGUUUCAGUGACGUUUCUCAAUGACAUGGAGCGGUCUGGGUGCAGUGCUUCCUUUGAUUUAACCCUGUAAAAUAAAAAAUUUAAAUUUAGUGUAUAUGGCAAUGUUUACAUUGCAAGGUUAAAUCUACCUAACCAUCACUGGAGGCGAUUCCGUCCAUUUUGUCCUCAGUACUCCUCUAUGAGGUGGAUAAGAGUUUAAGUAAAUAGACUACAGUGUUUUGCUGCGUUAUUGAUGUUUGAAACACUUUCCCCCCAGCUUCAGGCCUCUGUUCCAGAGCGAGAUGUCAAUGUGACCAUCCUGAGAUUUGGGGUCUCGGACUCGGACACGCCUUACACCUCAGCUUGGAGGGCGGUUUACUCAAUCACUGAAGGCAACGAUGAUGGGAAUUUCAUAAUAACAACGGACCCCGUGACUAAUGAAGGACUUCUCACGGUGGUCAAGGUACAUUCCAGAGACAUCAUGGGGGACAGGAGGGUGAAAUCUGAUCCUGAUAAAAGUUCUAUAUAAAUAUAUCCUGCAGAUAGAAGUUAUCUGCUGAAUCUGACACCGUACAGAAAAUGACCAUUGAGGUCUUUUAUUAUUAUUGAUAAUUACACAUUGAGCUAUUUAUAAUGCACAGCAUAAAGCAGGACUAUAUCUCCAAUAAUGCUCCUAUACCCAUAUUGUUGGCAAAGCAUCAUGGGAGAUGUAAAGAUGAGAACUGGGAAGAUAGAAGUAAAAUUAAGGUACGCAUUGUCUCCCCCAGCAGGUGAGUUCUGUUUACUACAAGUAUUAGGAUUGAUAAUUACCUGUAGUCGGUUCAUUAACCCUUUGCAUGAAGGAUAGAUGCGUGCCAGUUGGGUUAUUGACGACCAUUGCCAUUAUUUACAAAGUAUAUGUAUUCUGGGGGUUAACAGAUUAAAGGGAAUUAAGAAUUACUGUUUUAUAGUACAGAUUGCAUGAAACUGACCCCCAGUUAGACACAUGAGUAAACACUGCGAUAUAUCACCCUAUUUAUAUAUUGCCCCAUGUCUGAUUAAUUCCCAACUGAUUCCAUAGGGGUUCCAUUCAGAAUGUGAAUAAGAUGCAUGAUGGUAUGAUAAAUAGGAAAGAUUUCAAGUUACUCAGAAAAGACAGCUUGCUUGUCUCUUAUAACAAUCUCCUGUAGCAUUUGUAGUGUGGGAUAUUGUAGAAGAUAAAUAAAGAGACCUCUAACACAUAUAACCCAUCCUUCAGUACCUGUACCGGGGCCAUAACCAACCGAGCGAGGUCCAAUUUUCCUCCGCGUUAUCUUGAUCUCUGGUUCUCCAGUCUGAACACAGCCUCCUAUCUCAUCAUUCCUGGAGUAUUUUUAUCAUCCGUUAGCUGUUUGUUUAAUGAUUGAUGGCCAUUGCAAGACAUAUAGAGUCAUACAAGGGUUAAUGGUACUCUAUGUCUAUCAUGUUAAUGCAUAGCAUCAGCAGACAAAUAACGUUCAUUUUCCUGCCAGAGUUUUCGGGACUGUAUAAUUCCCAUCAUAGAGACGAUGUUUGGAGAGGAGCGGCAGUCUCCUGGAACGUUAUUAAGAAAUUAACAUUUAUGGUGUUUUUGUUUUUUUCCGAUAGCCACUGGAUUAUGAGACAAUCACCCAAAGCCAACUGUCCGUUCUGGUAGAAAACGAGGAACCCCAUUUUAGCUGCAAAGUGAUGGAGAAAUCGAAGACCGGUUUAUGGCAACUGGCGCCAGCCAAAGAAAGCAAGACAGGAAGGCCAGCUCUGCCAGCUAAAUCAGUGGUGGUGGAUAUAUUGGACGUAAACGACCCUCCGCUGUUUAUUCCAGAUAAAAUAGCCAUUUCUAUGGAAGAACACUCAAUGGAACCAGGAACAGUCCUGAAGAAAGUGGAAGCUAAAGAUAUGGAUGUUGUAAAACCAAAUAAAAUCAAGUAAGUAUCUGAAGAUUUUCCUGUAACUCUGGGUAAUCAGUCCAUUUACAAAUAAUAUAUGUGUUAUUUGUCAGAUACACAAUAGAGAAUGACACUGCUGACUGGCUCACCAUUGACAAAGACACUGGCGUAAUUACAGUCAAAGGACCAAUGGACAGAGAGUCUGAAUAUGUGGUUAACAGCAAGUACGUGGUGAAGAUUUUGGCAGUAGAUGAUGGUAAGUUUGUUUACCAUACAGGCUUCACAUAUAUGUCAGGGACAAUGAAGUCUAGAAAACUAGGCGUUGCAAAGGAGAUACUGGGUCAAGAAAUUAUAGAAUCAUAAAUGGCCUGUUAAUUGCGAUAGACCACUUUAAUCUUAAUUAAUCUGUAAUGAGAGAGUGAUAUGGGUCCCUAGUGUAGAUUAGUCUCAGUGCAAUAAACUCUCCCCCAGGUAUAGCCCAAAAUGUAAGGUAAGUGCUAUAUCGAGUGUCCUGUUGGGUUUUCAGAUAUUCUCAGUGUCGCUUUGAUGUAAGACAAUACACAGUAAUUAAUCCCAAAUUGUCUGUUUUUGAAGGGAUCCCCUCACUGACUGGGACUGCCAACCUGUUCGUUAACCUGAAGGAUAUCAAUGAUAACGCUCCCAGCUUAGAGAACCCCUUCAUGGCCACGUGUUACAGUGAAGAGGAAAGCAUUAUCUCAGCCAUGGUCAGAGACAAAGACUUGGAACCCUAUGCUGGACCAUACCACUUCGAUGUCCUGGACAAAGACUACGAGACAAAGAAACUACAAGUCAUGAACAAUCAUGGUACGGUCUAGGAGAUUAUAAAGAGUAUAUAGAUAAUACAGUAAAGGAAACACUGUGGAUGCAUAUAGUCCAGUAUAGGUGUCACUGUAUAUAUGUAUGUAUAUUUAUAUACACACACACUGCAGUAUAAAGGUCCAUUUACAUAUAAGAACAGUGCAGUAUCGGUCUCAUUGGACACACAUAUACUCAUACUCUACUUCAAAGACCCAUUGAUUGUGUAACACAAUGUACGGUUUUACCCCGGGGUGUCCGCUCUGCAGCAAUGAACUUGUGAAAUACUGGAUAACAGCCCUCUCCCUACGAAACCUGCAGAUCCGGUUAUUGGAAGAAUGCACUGACUGUCAAUCCUUCUCCCCAACCCCUGGGGCCACACGGGGCCACUCCUUACCCAAAUCUCUCAUAAGUGACUCUCUUUAAGGUAAAGUGUCACAUGAAAGGCAUUCUGUACUCAGAGAUUGAUGGAAUAAUUAAUAAUCACUUUCAUUUUCUAAUAAACAAGAUUUAGGGAGGAGUAGCAGCGAACAAAACAUGACAUAUUGUUUGAAAACUAACAACACCAAUGAGAAUUGUAACUGCCUAGUACCCCAAUAACACACUGUACAUUUAUGGAAAGAGGCCAUUAAACCCUCACAGUGGGCCGUAGGUUCCUUUAACAUGUGACUGUACAUUCUAUGUUCCCCUUUGUAGCCGAUGUGCUCCAAAUUCGGAAACUGAAAGAUGCGUCUCCGGGCAAUCAUACUCUGCACCUGGAAAUAUACGACCGUCAGGGCUUCACCUCCCUCCAGAAUCUCACGGUCUAUGUGUGCGAAUGUCUGGAAGGAAACGCCUGUGUAGAGAAAAUUACUGGACCACCUGUAAUGGGGGGAGGUGCCGUGAUCCUACUACUUCUGGCUAUGUUUGUAUUUCUUGGUAUGUGUCAUUUUUACAAUUCUCCGGUGAAUAAACAUUACUGUUUAAUAGACAUACCCAAAUAAAACAUGCAUACACUUAUUUAUGCAUUUUUUUAGUGGAGUUAUAUCUAAAAACAGCUUGUAAAAGCUACAGAUCUCUUGGCAAGCCCUCCCCUUCUAAACCCGCCCAGACUUUCUGUGGCUGUCCAAUCACAGACUUCCCAAUGCCGUUCAAUGAGAAGUCUUUGCAAGGCAGGUGCUCUGGGCAAUUGCUGCCUCUUGAGUUUAGCUCCUUUGAGAAAAAUAACCAGGAAGUAACAGGACCGGUUGUCUGACAGCCAGGGGGGUGUAACAAGGUUCCUUAAUAAAAGUGCCAAUUUCUACUGAAAUCUAAACUUCAUGUAAAACGAAAAAAGAGGACACAUUCUUCACACAUAAAGCACUUCAGCAAGCUAUACUGCAUGUUUGGUGUGUCUCUUUAAGACGCACAUUUCUUUUACUUUAACCUGACUCUGACACCAUAAGUUAAAGAAUAUUAUUAACUGACCAGUAUUCCCACCUCCAUUAACCUGCUACGGAAGACUGACUCGUAAAAUAUCCCUGUACUCUAUAGGUGUGGGUCGGGGGCAGAGGAGACUAUUUUGUGUUUAUCCUGAGCAAUUACAACAUACCAAACAGCGACUGGUCUAAAAGUGUUUCCCCGUGGGUGUGUCUUGCCAAUAUCUGCCAGGUGAAUCUUUAUCCUGAAUAAAUACACGAAUCCAGCAAGACAUAUGAUCUUUUAAUUGGUUGUAAUCCGACUACUUUAAAGCUAUUACCGGAUCCUUCUACGACAUAAUGAAUAUAAUUAGCCUUCAGGUAAUACGUUGAUGGAACGAUGAAAACCACAGAUUAUUGGGUUCACAAUACAGCGUUCGGGGAUUUCACCACGAUGGUGAUCAAUAAGGAUUUUAUAAAAUGAAAAUGUAUGCUCGCAAAAACAAGAAAAAUCCCACUGAAAGAUUUUUAGCACUACGCUAAUUGCUCAAUUACGAUAGGUGUGCAAAAUAAUAGAUAAUGGAUGGCAUUAGUUUUAUUUUAAUGUAGUUAUAGUGAUAGUUUGUCACUUUGCAUGAUGUAUCCAUUCCGCAUCCCUUCUCAGCUCUAACAUUGUAAACAUUAUAGUUCCUGGUUGUGUUUCCCAAUACCAGGUUACUAUAGGUCACACUGUAUAUUGGAGAUAUAUGUAGAAGAUACACACUGCCAUUGAUUUCCCGAGUUAACAGACCACUCCUUGCUGAAGUGCUUUAUGGGUAAGGAGUAUUCUAUUAUAAUUCUAGUUUGCAUUCCUCGAGAAAUCAGGUGAGGUUUGCUUCUACUUGAGCGCGCCUGCCUUCUCCCUAUUCCUCCUCACAGACCUUAUAUCAGACCAGCCUUCUUCCUGAACACUGUUGCAGUGUGCGCAUGCAUGAAUGGACAACUACAGAGGCUUCUCAAUUAGAAGUCUCUGAUUGGUUAUUUCCCCGUGCAGAGACUGGAAGUAUCUUCCAGGGUAGAAGGGGAGGGCUUGCAAAUGAUACAGCUACAAGAACUGCAGUGCUUGCAAGAUCUUAUUAGAAUAUACAUGCAUGUUUUUAUUGGGAGUAUAUUCACUAAAUAGUGAUAACCCAUUUUUGAAAUGGAAUAUUCCUUUGAGGGUUUUUAUACACUCCGUAAGAUCAGAAUCCAACUGGGUUUCCCUCGUUUUUUUCUGAAAUAUUAGAUAUUUUGAUAAGGUUUAUAAAAUAAUAAUAAAGUGAGUCUUUUAUUCUCUUCCUGUGAAUUAGGGCUGAGCUUGUUAGUGUGCAAGAUACACAAGGAGAAGGAGAUGAUUCCUGUGGAAAACGAACCGUUAAAUUCCAUUAUUAUAUACAACGAAGAGGGAGGCAACAAGGAUUACAUAGUGAGUACACCACGCCUAGCCAAGAGGCUCAUUGGAGAUCGUACACAACCAUGCUAUCAGCUUCAAUAUAGAAUAAAUUUACGCAAAAAUUGGUUCCGACCAGCUUGUCCAAAUCAAAUCUGUGGAGUCUAAUUCAUUGGAGAAAAUCCAGGACAGAUCGAAUAUAGAUAAAAAGGUGUUGGUUUCAGAUAAAGCAGUCCGAACUAAUUUUUGUACAAGUCUACUAUAGAUAUAUAUUUUAUUACCCCAACUCAAUAUCAAUAUAGGAAGUUUUCACAAAACCCAAUAAUGACUUGGGAAAGGCUAUUUGUACCGGCUGAAACGUUGUCAUGUCGUGCUUAUACCAAUACAAAGUCUGCAAUGUGAUGGAAUCUGUGUGCCUGGGCUCUCUCUAUAGAAGAAUGAGACAUUCUUUUGAGGAAUGGUAGGACUUCCCAUUUAAUAAUGAAUUUACUAAAUGACAAAAAUUCCAUUUGACUAUAAAACCUUUUCUGUAAUCAUUCUUAGAAUUCAGCACCUUUGAACGAGAACUCGGCUGGACUCUUGUCCAAUAACCAGGUAACAAUAAAUACUGACUGCAGAUAGAUCGGGAGAUAACAUGACCUUAUCAUAGGACUAUCGAUGCCACUUGCUGCAUUGUAACAUGCUAUCUGUAUUCUGUUGUUUAGGAUACAGCAAUGCUGAAAGCAAAUAUGGUCGGAUCAGGGUUCCAUAACCAGGUAACAGUGCAAAGUAUUUCUUGUGUUUCCCAUCAGUGAAAUGGUCAUCAGAACGCAUUGCAACUUUAUGAGUUAUUUUAUUAAUAUUUCUUUAACUGAUUGUCUAUAUUGCAGUUUAAUAAUGUGUAUACUCUUUUUUUUGUUUUUGUUUUAAUAGGCGACAAAAGAUGACAUGGUUGGGAAUUUUCCCGGAUUCAGUAGCCAGUACUUACUCUCAGUAAGAUAUUUUGAUUUUUUUUUUAUGCCAUUUGUUCAGAUCCGUAUCAAUCUGUAUGAAUUCUGGGAGGGAGUACGAGAGAGGAGACAGUCAAUGAUCUAGAUUAAGAACGCUGACCAGCAAUUCACACAUACAGAUGUGCAAUACACGUUGCCGGGGCUCAGAUUAAAAGCAUUUGCACAUUUAUUUUUUUUUCCAGCGAGAUUCGCAAAUCAGCAAACCGGUGAAAUAUUUGCAGGUUUCUGGCAGAAGCCGAGGAAUAAAUUUACAUGCUUAUGAGAAAAAGGUAGAACGCAAGCAAGUAAAAGCUGACUAAUUAAAAAUAAAUGUUUUCACUUUUUACUGCAGGCAAAUCAGCAGAGUUGACUGUUUUCUGCUGGAGCCCCUGGGACUGCGAACUGAACAAGAGGGACUCAUUUUAAAAACUUAGCUAAAGUUUGAGCGAGAGAGAGAUAAAUCCACAGCAAGAACCCAAACAGGGAGAAGAGUUAUAGUUACAGCCACCAUCCAGAAAGGGACUGAGAGAUAGACAAGAAACAGCACCUUUUGAAGAUGGGCGGGCAGUAAAAAAAAUAAUUCCAGGGAAAUCUGAGAGAAAGAUAUCAAAUAGUUCAUUAUCAGCAUAGUCGCCGUCUGUCACUGAUACUAAUGGGCGAUCAGGGAGAUAGAAAACUUAAACAGAGAGAAACGCGUAAGACAGAGAGGGAGAAUAGACAGAGAGAGACCGAGAAAGAGACAGCGAGAAAGAGAGAGAAGGGGACAGACAGAGCAAGUCGAUUUCUGUAUAUAAACCUUAAUGAGAAAUAAAUGAGGAAUUUAUUUUAAAAUGUUUCUGUGGGAUGUUUGUGCACAUUUUAAUAUUAAUUUAUUUGAGUUUUGCUGUCUUACCUGUCCAGGUUCUGUUAGAAUUCAUGCUCACAGUUUAUUAUAAUUAGCAACAUUAUCCAUGAUUAAAACGACAAAAAGAUAUGUUUAAUUAGUAUAGCUUAAUUACAUUUCCCUUAAUUAUAUUUCACCUUUUUAUUCUUCCCGUAGUCAUCGGACGCUGUUGGGCAAAUUAAGCUGAAGUUGGCUCGUUCCCACAGCAUACAGGUACGCAAAUGGCACGUUUGGGGUUAUUCAGUGACAUUUUUACCAUCAGAGAUUGCAUUAUAUCCUUUCUUGUAUUUUUAGCCCCAAACAUCAUCCCAUACAGCCUUCAAUCGAGCUAUGGCUAGACGGCACUCGGUGAGUCGGUUGGUAAUGUUGUCAUGGUUACUAAGCAUUCGAGGUACACGGUACUUUGGGCGACCAUGUUUAGUAUGAUCAUAAAGAACUUGUUUGAUUAAUUAUUAUAUCAGUGGCAAAUAAAAGGAGCAGUUUAGAGAUGUGCAGGUAAGACAAAUUUGUUUAGUUUCGAUUCGUUCAUUUCUGAAUUUUGGUUAUUCUAAAAAAAUGACAAUAAUUGAUUUUGAAGGAAACUAAAUUUCCGAAGGCCAUUGUUCCCUAAGGGAAUAGUACAAUAUAAUCGUAUACUCUAUGUUGUAAUGUAAUAAUUAUAAAAAAUGUGUUUUAAUAAAGUAGUUUAAUAACAAAAAUAUACUCCUUUCUGCAAUUUGCAAAUAUUAAACCACCCUAAAUAAUUGUAUUAUUAAAUAUGAGAUAGGAGUGGUGAUGUUGGACUAGCCAACGUCAGAACCCAAAGGUAGGUUACAAGAGGUUGACCCCACAACAAGUAAAUAACUACCAACUGAAGAAGUGAGAUAGAAAAAAACAGUCACUCAAAAGUGAAUGGGAUUCACUCUCACUCUUUUUAUCACAUUGGGAUGACUUUAUAAUUUGGACAAGAGGUUCUGUUGUAUAUAUUUUGGUAUUAGCAUAAUCAAUUAUACUAUUUAUUAUUCCACAUUAUAGUUCCAGUACAUGCUCAAAUCACUGGUUUUCCAGUGAUUCGACUUUGAUUUUUUUGUCUAUUUAGGGGUUAAGCCCCAGGACAUCUCUGGAGUGUCCGUUUAGGUGUUUUUUGCAAUCCACUGGAGGUCUGUCCCUUGAGGACUAAACCAUUACCAGUGGAUCCCAUUAUUAUAAUUUUUAUGGUACUGGAGUUAAACUGUGGUCAUUAUAAAUAGUGUCUCAAUAGAGUAUACCCUUUAUUAAAAACAAUAAACAUUACUCAGCAAUAGAAUUCGACAUUUUGCAAUAUACAAACUAAUAAGAUGAUCCAAAAACAAACCAAAACAUUGUUCAUUUCCAAAAUGUGCGACAAUGCAUCAAUCUAUAACAAUAUAUCUGAUUUUCCCUCAGAGUUACGAUAGAACCCAAAGAAUGAAUACCUUGAAUCGCAAUGGCACCUAUAGGAGCACAGUACGUUUUUGGUUGUUUUUUUCCGCCAAUUGUCUCCAUAAAGAGUUUGUGUUUUGUUCCUCUGUCUACCGAAACAUCUUGUAUCUUUAACUCAUCUCGCAUCAUUAAUUUAUCUGUAUGCACCCCCUUGUCUAUCAAACUAAAUUCUGUACAGCCCUGUCGUUUUAGAGCAGCAUUAUUCCAAACUCCGUCCUGCCCUUUCUUAGUUCUCAAUUUAGAGGCAUUCCCAGGGACCCUGCCUUUAGUUCUAUGAAUAAAAUCUAAGGAUUGCAAGAUAAUCGAAGGUCGCUAAGUACCAUACUCCUAGUAGUCAGACAAACACUACAUAUCAGCCUGUGCACACCACACAUGGGGCACUCAGUGACUCCACUGGCUGCGUAUUUAAACCAGUUCUUCAUGUCUGGUUGAAUAAUUACCAAUCAUGACCUGAUUUUUGAAUGUAGGGGUGAUUAACGAUAAUAAAAUGGCAUUAGAAAGUAACAAGACUUGUUGAUGACUAAGACUACAAUUACCAUUAUUCUAUUUGUCUAAUAAUUACAGAUCAGUACACAUCGUCGCGCAUACCUGUCUGCAACCAAUUCAAUGAGCAGAAACUCUUCGAGAACCAUGGAAACUAUCCUGAAUCAGGUAGAAAUCAAACUCAAGUUUGUAGACCACUCUUCAAAUAGCCACUUUCUCAAGUGAUUACACUGUUGCUGAUACUUCCAAUAAUUUUUGUUCCAGAAAUUCAAGUCCUUUGCAGGUGACCUGGAAAUAUACAAGCCACGGACAUUCGUUGAGGAAGGAGAACUGUCCAGAGCCUCUUCCCUGGAUGCUAUUACGAUCAGGGGAAGUGUCGUCAGCUUGGACUGCCUUGAGAACCUGGGCUCCAAGUUUAACAUUCUGGAAGAUAUUUGUGCCGAGCACAUACUGAACAGACCCGUGGAGAAACCUUCAACAUAACUGGGCCCAAUAAAUGGACAAAUGAUGCACUGAUCUAAACCGUACAACCCCAAAUGCAAAAUAACCUGUGGACCAGAGAUGCAUCACACCCAUUAUUGUCCCUUCUUGGUUGAAGAUUAAUGAAACAGGAUCAGGAAGCAUUUUGUAGCAGGUGGCAUGCAUUCCCUGCUGGGGAUUUAGAGUAUUGCAGAUUCCACUGGAAAACUUACUAACAUAACUGUACGUGUAACCACAUCACAUGUACAGGAGAGGGCACUGUGUGUAGCUAUAUUACUUGUACAGUACAGGGGGCUGUAUUACCUGUACAGGUGAGAACAAUCUGUGUAGCUGUGUAGCUAUAUUACCUGUACAGGACAGGGGGCUGUGUGCAGCUAUAUUACCUGUACUGGUGUAGCAAUCUGUAUAGCUAUAUUACCUGUACAGUACAGGGGGCUGUGUGAAGCUAUAUUACCUGUACAGUACAGGGGGCUGUGUGCAGCUAUAUUACCUGUACAGGUGAGAGCAAUCUGUGUAGCUAUAUUACCUUUACAGUACAGGGGGCUGUGUGUAGCUAUAUUACCUGUACAGGUGAGAGCAAUCUGUGUAGCUAUAUUACCUGUACAGUACAGGGGACUGUGUGCAGCUAUAUUACAUGUACAGUACAGAGGGGUGUGUGCAGCUAUAUUACCUGUACAGUACAGGGGGCUGUGUGCAGCUAUAUUAACUGUACAGAUGAGAACAAUCUGUGUAGCUACAUUACCUGUACAGGUGAGAACAAUCUGUGUAGCUAUAUUACCUGUACAGGUGAGAACAAUCUGUGUAGCUAUAGUAUCUGUACAGGUGAGAGCAAUCUGUGUAGCUAUAUUACCUGUACAGUACAGGGGGCUGUGUGCAGCUAUAUAACCUGUACAGGUGAGAACAAUCUGUGUAGCUACAUUACCUGUACAGGUGAGAACAAUCUGUGUAGCUAUAUUACCUGUACAGUACAGGGGGCUGUGUGCAGCUAUAUUACCUGUACAGUUGAGAACAAUCUGUGUAGCUAUAUUACAUGUACAGUACAGGAGGCUGUGUGCAGCUAUAUUACCUGUACAGGUGAGAGCAAUCUGUGUAGCUAUAUUAUCUGUACAGGUGAGAACAAUCUGUGUAGCUAUAUUACAUGUACAGUACAGGAGGCUAUGUGCAGCUAUAUUACCUGUACAGGUGAGAACAAUCUGUGUAGCUACAUUACCUGUACAGGUGAGAACAAUCUGUGUAGCUAUAGUAUCUGUACAGGUGAGAGCAAUCUGUGUAGCUAUAUUACCUGUACAGUACAGGGGGCUGUAUGCAGCUAUAUUACCUGUACAGGAGAGAACAAUCUGGGUAGCUAUAUUAUCUGUACAGGUGAGAACAAUCUGUGUAGCUAUAUUACAUGUACAGUACAGGAGGCUGUGUGCAGCUAUAUUACCUGUACAGGUAAGAGCAAUCUGUGUAGCUACAUUACCUGUACAGGUGAGAACAAUCUGUGCAACUAUAUUACCUGUACAGGUGAGAACAAUCUGUGUAGCUACAUUACCUGUACAGGUGAGAACAAUCUGUGCAGCUAUAUUACCUGUACAGGUAAGAGCAAUCUGUGUAGCUAUAUUAUCUGUACAGGUGAGAACAAUCUGUGUAUCUAUAUUACAUGUACAGUACAGGAGGCUAUGUGCAGCUAUAUUACCUGUACAGGUGAGAACAAUCUGUGUAGCUAUAUUAUCUGUACAGGUGAGAGCAAUCUGUGCAGCUAUAUUACCUGUACAGUACAGGGGACUGUGUGCAGCUAUAUUACCUGUACUGGUGAGAACAAUCUGUGUAGCUAUAUUACCUGUACAGGUGAGAGCAAUCUGUGUAGCUAUAUUACCUGUACAGUACAGGGGACUGUGUGCAGCUAUAUUACCUGUACAGGUGAGAACAAUCUGUGUAGCUAUAUUAUCUGUACAGGUGAGAGCAAUCUGUGAAGCUAUAUUACCUGUACAGUACAGGGGACUGUGUGCAGCUAUAUUACCUGUACAGGUGAGAACAAUCUGUGUAGCUAUAUUACCUGUACAGGUGAGAACAAUCUGUGUAGCUAUAUUACCUGUAUAGGAGAAGGUUCUGUUUUGUAGCUAAUCACCUGUACAGGACAGAGGGUGAGAUAUUCCUGAAUUUCCCUGUCUUGGAGUGAUAGAACAUACAUUGUUGCCUAGCUCUUACAGCACUUUGUUGAAUGGUUUGGUUUUGUAUACAGUUAGAAAGUUACCAUUCUUAUCCCAGGUUACAGGGAGCGCUCAGCAUACUAUUAGUACUUGAUGACUUUCAUGCCCAGUUGAUGCUGUACGCCAUUAUUCUUGAAGGUCAUUAAAACAUGGUCACCCUCUCAUACCAUAAGUACAGACAACUUUAUCCCCAGCAUUACUUGAUGCCUGUUCAGUAAUCACCAAAACCAGCACUGAUUUUAUUGCAUUAAACUAGACUAGGCCAUGUGAUGUUAAGCAGUGCAAUGUAUGUGGGAACCAGCAGAGGGCGCUCGUGGUCUUCUUUUGAACAGAGAAAUCAAAGCACAAAGCCCCGUUACUGAAAAAGCACCAUCUCGCAGUAAUAAUCACACGUGUGGAUGGUGAUAGAGAGAGCCAAGUGUUUAUCUAACCAGGCAAAACUGCUUCCUCACUGACCUUGCCAUCAAUGAACACUACCCGAUACAUUGUUACUCCCUCACUACUAUCUCCCAUCCAUCAGUGGCCGGAAUGUAGUACCCGAUACAUUGUUACUCCCUCAGUACUAUCUCCCAUCCAUCAGUGGCCGGAAUGCAGUAUCCGAUACAUUAUUACUCCUUCAGUACUAACUCCCAUCCAUCAGUGGCCGGAAUGCAGUACCCGAUACAUUAUUACUCCUUCAGUACUAACUCCCAUCCAUCAGUGGCCGGAAUGCAGUACCCGAUACAUUGUUACUCCCUCAGUACUAACUCCCAUCCAUCAGUGGCCGGAAUGCAGUACCCGAUACAUUGUUACUCCCUCAGUCCUAACUCCCAUCCAUCAGUGGCCGGAAUGCAGUACCCGAUACAUUGUUACUCCCUCGGUCCUAACUCCCAUCCAUCAGUGGCCGGAAUGCAGUACCCGAUACAUUGUUACUCCCUCGGUCCUAACUGCCAUCCAUCAGUGGCCGGAAUGCAGUACCCGAUACAUUGUUACUCCCUCGGUACUAACUGCCAUCCAUCAGUGGCCGGAAUGCAGUACCCGAUACAUUGUUACUCCCUCGGUACUAACUCCCAUCCAUCAGUGGCCGGAAUGCAGUACCCGAUACAUUGUUACUCCCUCAGUACUAUCUCCCAUCCAUCAGUGGCCGGAAUGCAGUACCCAAUACAUUGUUACUCCCUCAGUACUAACUCCCAUCCAUCAGUGGCCGGAAUGCAGUAUCCGAUACAUUAUUACUCCUUCAGUACUAACUCCCAUCCAUCAGUGGCCAGAAUGCAGUACCAGAUACAUUGUUACUCCCUCAGUACUAACUCCCAUCCAUCAGUGGCCCGGAUGCUGUACCCGAUCCAUUGUAACUCCCUCAGUACUAACUCCCAUCCAUCAGUGGCACGAAUGCUGUACCCAAUACAUUGUUACUCCCUUGUUAUUAGCUCCCCCAGAUUAAAAGUCAGAAUGCAGUAGCUGGUGCAUUGUUACUCCCUCAGUACUACCUCCCCCCUAUUAGAGGUUGGAAUGCAGUAACCAAUACAUUGUUACUCCCUUGUUACUAGCCCCCCUCCAUCAGAGGUCAGAAUGCAGUACCUGGUGCACUGUUACUCCCUCAGUACUAGCUCCCCCCUAUUAAAGGUUGGAAUGCAGUACCCUAUACAUUGUUACUCCCUUGUUACUAGCUUCCCUCCAUCAGAGCUCAGAAUGCAGUACUUGGUGCAUUGUUACUUCCUCAGUACUAGCCCCCUCCAUCAGAGAACAGAGUGGAGUAACCAAUAUACUGUUACUCCCUUGUUACUAGCUUCCCUCCAUCAGAGGUCAUAAUGCAGUACCUGGUGCAUUGUUACUCCCUCAGUACUAGCUCCCCAAAACUGAGGUUGGAAUGCAGUAUUUGGUACAUUGUUACUCCCUCAGUACUAGCCCCCACUUCCCCCAUCAGAGGUCAGAAUGCAGUACCUGGUACAUUGUAACUCCCUCAGUACUACCCCUCCCGCCCAUCAGAGGUCAGAAUGCAGUACCUGGUACAUUGUUACUCCCUCAGUACUCACUCCCCCCAUCAGAGGACGGAAAGCAGUACCCUGAACAUAGUUACUUCCUUGUUACUAUCUCUCCCCAUCAGAGGCCAUACCUGGUACAUUGUUACUCCCUCUAGUUUAGACGUGCUUCCAGUUCAGCUACGGUGGCCUCAAAUUUGAAAUUCACUAGGAACUCACUUUCGAUUCUCACUUUAGUGAAUAACCCUUUGUAAUGUUAGCCUUAUUUUCUAAUGGCAAUGUUUAACAUUACAAGGCUAGAGUGGCAGGGGCACCACACCCAGACCACAUUAUUGAAAUACUUCAAUGAGGUAUUUCACUGAGAUACAUCAUUGAUACUUCACUGAGCUACUUCACUGGGAUACAUUGUUGAGAUACUUCACUGGGAUACUUCAUUGAGAUACAUCAAUGAUACUUCAUUGAGAUACAUCAAUGAUACUUCACUGAGAGACGUCAGUGAGACUUCAUUGAGAUACUUCACUGAGAUACUUCAUUGAUACGUCAUUGGGAUACUUAACUGCAGGGCCGGACUGGGGAAAAAAUUUGGCCCGGGCAUUUUUAAUUACAGCGGCUCACUGAAAAGGGGGAGUGGCCAGAUAGGGUGUGUUUUGUCAUCCCCAAUGACAAGCACGCCCCAUCUCAAAGUGAGCAUGUUGGUUCAAUGCUCUUCCAGGGCAUGGGAAAAGGGCCCUGUAUUUGAUCUGCACAGCGCAAGCAAAUUUAAUAACAUGCUUGCAUUGUGUUUGCUUGAAACUUGUCUCAGGGGUUUCCAUAAUUGGAAUACUCACUGUAUCCCAUUUAUGGAGACACUAUGUGUUUGCUUAAAUGGUAUCUAGUGUGUUCAUAGGGGAUCCUGAGUGUGUAUGUCAGAAAUGUAGUGUGUGUGUAAGUGGUGCAGCGUCUGUGUGUAGGGGAUCUAGUGUGUGUUUGAAGGACUCAGGAGUGCGUAUAGGAGAUCUAGUGAGUGUGUGAGUGGUGCAGUGUGUUUGGGGGGUGCUGUGUGUGAGGGGUGUAGUGUGCAUUUGUGAGGAGUAUAGUGUGUGUGGG